AUGGUACUAAUAAUGUUGGGACGCAGAUUGAACAGAGGGGAGAGCCGAGCUCAGGAAUCCCCGGUCACAAAGCGUAAAGUUUUUGAAAUGGACCCAAAGUCUUUAUCAGGCCACGAGUUCUUUGAUUUCUCUUCUGGCUCAUCCCAUGCUGAAAGCAUACUGCAAAUCUUCAAUGAAUUUCGCGACAGCCGCUUGUUCACAGAUGUAAUAAUCUGUGUUGAAGGCAGGGAAUUUCCUUGUCAUCGAGCUGUUCUUUCAGCAUGCAGCAGCUACUUCCGAGCUAUGUUUUGCAAUGAUCACCGAGAAAGCAGGGAGAUGUUGGUAGAAAUCAAUGGAAUUUUUGCGGAAGCUAUGGAUUGUUUUUUACAAUAUGUGUAUACAGGCAAGGUUAAAAUCACAACAGAUAAUGUGCAGUACCUCUUUGAAACAUCAAGUCUCUUCCAGAUAAGUGUUCUGCGUGAUGCUUGCGCUAAGUUCCUGGAAGAGCAACUGGAUCCUUGCAACUGCCUAGGAAUCCAGCGUUUUGCCGAUACACAUUCACUGAAAACACUAUUUACCAAAUGCAGAAAUUUUGCACUGCAGAAUUUUGAGGAUGUGGCCCAGCAUGAAGAAUUUCUUGAACUUGGAAAAGAUGAACUCAUUGAUUAUAUUUGCAGCGAUGAACUGGUAAUUGGUAAAGAAGAAAUGGUUUUUGAAGCCGUUAUGCGCUGGGUUUAUCGGGCUGUUGAACUCAGACGCUCAGUGCUACAGGAAAUUCUCACACAUGUGAGAUUGCCCUUGUUACACCCCAACUACUUUGUUCAGACAGUGGAAGUGGACCAGUUGAUCCAAAACUCUCCUGACUGCUAUCAGCUGCUGCAUGAAGCAAGACGGUACCACGUACUUGGAAACGAAAUGAUGUCCCCAAGAACUCGGCCACGAAGGUGAGAGGGCUGGGUUGAUUUUUGUUGUUGUUACAUUCCUGAAUAAAUUAUUCAUUAUAGUGAUAGCUUUUGUUUGAAACAUUCAGUCUAUUAAAAAACAUUUAACCAAUUGACCAGUUAACAUACUGUAUUUUGUAUCACCUCAAUAAAUAUGUGAUUUGCUUUUUAUCUUUAGGCUUUGUGUUGAAAAAUUAAGGAACAAUAUGAGACAGAGUGUGCGGGAGGGAGUACAUCACUACCAUGCAAGAAAUGUUAAACACAUUUGAGUGCUUUAUAUUUCAGUUACUUCAGUUGUUAUGUCUUGAAAGUUUCUGAAGGCUAGUUGUUUUUUUACUGAAACAGAGAAACAUGAUACCCCCUGAAAAUGUGACUUACAGUGCAAUCCUAACCAUGUUGGGAUUUGGGGGAGGGCUCAAUGGUAGAACAUCUGCUUUGUAUUUAGAAGGUCCUGGGUCCAAUUGCCAGGUAGGGCUGGAAGAGACCCCUGCCUGAAACCCUGGAGUGCUGCUGCCAUUCAGUGCAGAUAGUACAGUGGAACCUUGGUUCUUGAACUUAAUCAGUUCCGGAAGUUCAUUCAACUCCUGAAAACCAAGGUGCGGUUUCCGAUUGGCUGCAGGAGCUUCCUGCACUCAAGCAGAAGCCACGUUGGACUUUCAGCUUCCGAAAAACGUUUGAACACCGGAACACUUACUUCCGGGUUUUCGGCAUUUGGGAGCCAAUUUGUUCGUCAACUAAGCCAUAUGAGAACCAAAGUUCCACUGUACUAAAUUAGAUAGACUGGUCUGAGUCAGUGCAAGGCAGUUUCUUAUGCCUACUCAGAAUUAAGUCCAGUGGGGCUUUUCUCCAAAUAAUUGGCUUUGAAUUGCAGCUUUUUAAGCAUGUCUGGAUUUCUAUAGUAUGUGCCUAUAGACUAGGGAUAACUUUUCCUGCUUCAUGUGAACUCUGGUCCAUUAAAGCUAGUAUCUAGUGAAUUUGUUACUCUUUAAGGUGCCACAAGACUUUGUUUUAGUAAACUUGUGGAUUUAUUUAUUUAUUUUGGAAAUAAAUAAAAAAAUGUUCUAAGAAUACGAAAAAAGUAUUUACUACUUUCAAUAAAUUAAGGACAGAUGAAUUGACUUUUGUUUUUCAUGUUUUCUUCAAACCCCACCCCCAGUUAACUUCCAGAUAUUGUAACUUUCAGAUUCUGGUUUAUUUAUUAGGUUUUUCAAUAAACUACUUUGGUUUUUCUGUUUCUAGGUCAACUGGCUAUUCUGAAGUGAUAGUUGUUGUUGGAGGCUGCGAAAGAGUUGGGGGAUUUAAUUUGCCCUAUACAGAAUGUUACGACCCCAUGACAGGAGAGUGGAAAUCACUGGCUAAAUUACCAGAAUUUACAAAGUCUGAGUAUGCAGUUUGUGCUUUGAGGAAUGAUAUCCUCGUUUCAGGUAAACAAUUUAUAUUACACACAAAAGUACUGUGGUGAGAAUACUAUUAUCAUCAGUUUAUGGAAGUCUUGUGGGAAAUGGAGAAGUGGACUUAGUGCUACUUUUGCACAUUGUCAGAAGCACUGAAAAGUGAAUGCACAAAUUACUUAGGCACCCACUUUUGGAUAGCAUUGGAAGAUGUGAUUUACAUUACCACAGCUAAGUGAUAUGUGAAAUGCACUUUACCACUGAGCACAAGUUUUCCCCAGCUAGGUAAACAGACACAGCACCCGAAGUGUAAACUACUCCAGAAAAAACUACAUUGGUGAAAAGAGGUAUUGCUUUAAUUGCCCAGUGGAAAAGAAUUCUAGGAAGUGUUUUCAUACAUUGGAUUGUUGUGAACUUUAUUUUCAGAAAUGUACUUUUAUCAUGAUAUGGCUUUUGGGGGGGGGGGGGGGUCAACAACUGGGCACAAUGGAGCAAACCCUUUGUUUAAUAACAGCCAAAUUCCUGUCUUGUCUUUUCUUUCAAAUGAGGUGGAAGAAUCAACAGCCGUGAUGUGUGGAUUUAUAAUUCUCAGCUUAACAUUUGGAUCAGAGUUGCCUCUCUAAAUAAAGGGAGAUGGCGUCAUAAGAUGGCUGUUCUUCUUGGUAAAGUAAGAGAUAUUUGUUAUUAUCUAAUAACAUGGUUGAAAUGCACAACAAAUAACUAGAAAUCAGACUGCAUUAUCUCAAUUCACUGCACCACUUUUAAAAUUGAAAUGGAUGUCACCUCAAUUCUGAUUUUUAGUCUGUACUAUACAGAACUACACAUUUUGCCAGUAAAACACCAUAAUUAAAGAAAAUGGCUAAAUAAAAUAGUUUGUUUAGGAAGCCUCAGUUGUAAGCAUGCACAAUAUGUGAGACUGUAUAUUAUCUUUACAGUUCACACAGUGUGGAAAUUCAGGAAGGAGCCUUAAUUUCCAAUAUCCAUGCUUUUUGGUGUAUGUGAAUUUGUAACUGUGUUAACUCCCUUUUCUUAAACUGCAGGAGGGGAGGGGUCGUUCCUAAAAUACAUAAAUACAUUUUCACAACUCAUCGGGUCAAAGAUGAAAACAUUGAGGCUUUGUGUAAUGCCACACCUAGGUAGCCAAGCAGUAAGCAUAUUCUGGCAAGAUUCUCUCUUUACUUUUAAAGGUAUAUGUGGUUGGAGGAUACGACGGACAAAGCCGACUGAGCAGCGUAGAAUGUUAUGACUCAUUUUCCAAUCGAUGGACAGAGGUAGCAUCUCUUAAAGAAGCAGUGAGUUCUCCAGCAGUUACCAGCUGCGUGGGCAAACUGUUUGUGAUAGGUGGAGGUCCUGAUGACAACACAUGCUCUGAUAAGGUUGGGUAAUUGUAUUCACUUUCUUUUCUCUAUUUUAGUAACAUUCAAAAUGAAUAAUAUAUAAAAAUUACUAGUAAUUGAAAACCAGCGAGAACCUACAAUAACAUGUUGCAAGAUAUUCCCAACUCCUGUUCUAGGCUCCAGCAAACCUGAAACAGGAGCCUCAUAGUUCUGUUCUGUGUUUUGGGUGGGGAGCCUUCAGGAGACAUAAAAGAAAAAUAGAUACUUGUGGGGGCAGGGGGUUAAUAUUUAUCCACCCUCCUAAAGCCUUUCCAUGCUGUGCUAUAUAGAGCUCAGGCAUUCAGUUUGCAGAGUGGGCUUCCCUUUCCUGAGCAUUUUAUUGCUUUGUAAUGGGAAGGAAUGAGGUUUUUCAUUCCCCAUCUCCUAAAACCUUGCUUUAUAAUAUGCAUUCCAACACCCCUAAUCCCUGCGUCCAGGCUUGUGUAAGCUAGGGGUUUGAACCACCACCCACAGCCAGUAUUUCCAUUGUUCCUGGAGACAAGGCAGCUCAUAGUAUGCAGUCCUUAUCAGGCUGUUUGGCGUGGAGGUUAUCUUCUCUUUUUUGUAAUGUGUUAAAUAAUAAUACCUAACAAGUCUCCUAGGUUUGCAGAAAUUGCUACAUUGUUUGUGGGUGGCCUGAUUUUACUGCCAAACCGAUAGGCACAGGACCACCAAAGUUAUUUUAGAGCCUCGCCUUGCUUGGCAUCUCUGGAGGGGGUUCCAUUGCCUUUCAUCCAAGCUUAGAGGAGAGUAUCUGAACUGGCACAGGAUAGGCUGACAAAAAACAAAUGGUCAAUAGGUGGCAUGAGGUAUGCAUGAGUGCUGAGUCCUCUGCCUUUCUUAUUGUGUUAGGGAAAUUUUUGAUGCUUUGCAAUGGGGUGGGAUGGGGUAAUUUUAAUAUUUCAUAUUCCCCCAGGAAUGGUGAAACCUCACUUUUGUUUGUGGGUUGCCCUGGCUUGUCUUCAAAGUGAUUGGCAUGGAGCAACAGAAUUUUACUAUUGGAAGGAAUUAUUAUAUAAAACAGUUGCAUUACUAAUGUUUUGUCCCAUGACAUGAAGUUCUUAUAGAGUCUCACUUGCUAAUUGGGUUGGCAUGAAAAGUUCUUUGAUAAUUUGCAAUUACACAGUUGACUUGCUCAGCCAUUUAAAGAUAUCAUUCAAUCAGUAUUAACAACUUGGGGAAGCUGAAACCAUAUCAAGUUAGACUAGAGGAGCUUUGAAAGUAAAAUGUGUUUGUUACUUUUCAGGUUCAGUCUUACGAUCCUGAUACUAAUUCUUGGCUACUCCGUGCAACAAUCCCCAUUGCAAAGAGAUGUAUAACAGCUGUAUCACUAAACAAUCUCAUCUAUGUUGCGGGAGGGCUCACAAAGGCAAUUUAUUGUUAUGACCCAGUUGAAGAUUAUUGGAUGCAUGUGCAGAAUACAUUCAGUCGACAGGUAACAACAAAGAACUAGCAAUGUUGCUCCUUUGUACAUUGUAUUUAUCAAAAUUCUAAACACAUUGUGUUAGAUCCAGAUAAAAGCACAUCUAAUGAGGCUGACAAAAGCUAACUUUCUCCCCCGGUCCACAGCCUCAUGAAAAGGUUUCUUCAAAGCAUCUAACAAUACAAUGUUUGAAAACGGUUCAAGCAAUCCCCAAACGAAAUUAAACUGGGGAUGCUUUCAUACUGUUGCUAUUUUGGAGUGGAUUCACUCCUAUACCAUCUAAUUGCACAAUUAGAUGGUUUUUUUGCAACAAACCUUUUCCCCCCUCCCCCCAAAUGUGGUGAAAGUGAUGGGGAAACAUAUCAAGAUGAAAGCUGAAUAAACAGGUCUUCUGGAAGUGAACUAGUUUAAGCCAUAUUGAACUAGUGAGAAAUGAACAUGUAAAUGUACAGAAUUUUAGAACUGAAUAAUGGGCGGAAUUCACUGACAGACCACACCAGUACAGCUAUGGGUCAGGAUACUCUUUUACACAAUACCAUGAUUUCACUUUAGACAAUGAUGCACAUGCUAUUUUAGGUGCUACUUUAUACUUGUCAGUCAAAAAUUCACCUUGGACUCCUAUACCCUAAGAAGCAAUGAAACAGGCUGAUGCUAAUGUUUCUUGGUCUGAAUCUGAUGAAUGGCUCAUUGCAUACAGUAGAGCUUUCCAAACUUUUCAUGUUGGUGAAACACUUUUUAGACAUGCAUCAUAUAGUAAUUCAGUUUUACUAGCAAACCAGAGGUUAAACUAACCCCUUUCCGGUCCUAGGAGCAGUGCGGGGAGCACUUGCGCCACACACACACACUGCAGCCAGCACACUAACGUUGCAACAGCUUGGAAAGCUCUGGCCUACAACAGAAUGCCUAACACUUAGUAGAAUCACACAAAACCUACUGCUAGAAAACGGUUUAUCAUUUUGCUACAAUACUUUGGCCACCACAUUUAUAAAACCCAUAAAUAAGCUUACUCUGGGGGGUACCUUCCUCUGCUUAUCCUAUAUUUUUACUCCUGAUUUUCCUCUCAUCUGUUUUGUGUAGUAUCUAAUAUCAUUGUUGUCUGUUGUUUUGUAGUUUUCCAUUCUUUCCAAAGUGUUCUUCUACCUAGUACUUAAGACAACUCACAGCUCUUCUGCUUGUACUCCUUUUCAAAUGUUUCAGCAUAUUUCCUCAUUUGCUGCCAGUUGUCUAUCUUAAUUUUGUUUUCCUCUUCCCAUCAUUCCAUAAUUCCUCUUUUCUUAUAUAAUACUGUGCAUCCAUUUUCUUAAGCUUAUCACUUACUUGAAACUUAUCUAGCCUUUUCCCAGCACAGUUGGCCAAGGAUAGAAUCCACCACAGAUGUUCAACUAUUGGGCCAAGAUUAACAAAAUGCUACAAAAUUAUUGUGCUGCACAAAUACAAGCCCAAACUGAGGAAAUAGUUUAUUGUAGCCUAGCACAUCUAUUUCAGGGUGCAUCAGGAUGAGCAUAACAUACUAAUAAUCACAGCUAUAAAUGUUUUAAUUAUCAAUUUUCUUCAUGUAUUUGAUGAACAGGAAAACUGUGGCAUGUCUGUGUGUAAUGGCAAAAUCUACAUCCUUGGUGGGAGGCGAGAAAAUGGAGAAGCUACAGAUACCAUUCUUUGUUAUGAUCCUGCUACCAGCAUCAUCACAGGAGUAGCAGCAAUGCCCAGGCCAGUCUCAUACCAUGGCUGUGUGACUAUUCACAGAUACAAUGAAAAGCACUUUAAACUCUAAAAAAGAGGAGAGUCUGUAAAUACAAAUAAGUGGCAUAUUACAAUCAGGAUUUGAAAGCUGCCUUUUCCAAAGUAUCAUCUGGAAAGAUACAAGAUUGUACUUUUAGCUUUUAAAAUUUUGAAAGUGAUUCUGAAUGUAAUUGUUAAAUGUUUUCAAUAACCACAGUUCAGUAAUUUUCCCCAGAGCAAUCUUAACCCUUGAUCUGUACUGCUGGUGGGGUAAAAGAUGGGCUCCCUCUAUUGGGAUCAGCUGGCACCGGGCUCUGCUGCCACAAUGUCCCCCAUUGUGCCCGCUGAAAGUGCAACAGAGCAACACUAACACAGGCAGUGACUGCCAUAAGAACCCAAAAUGGGCAGGGCGGAACAGGGCCAGCAAUGGAUCUGCUAAAUCCAAAGCAGAUCCAUUUCAUGGCAAGGAGCCUGAUUUGGGCUUCUCAGCUACAUGAACAUGGAGCUAGUGGAGCAAGAAUGUUGGAAACUACUAUCCCUGCUUUCUCCCCCUUGCCAGCCCAAGUGCAGAUGUCACAGUGACUCUUCUGCUCUGUUCCACCCUGCUGUACCCUGGCCACAGUUAGGAUUGCUCUGUCCUAACAUGUUCUGGUUUGAAAACUCUAUCAAUUUAUAUUAGUAAUUAGAUCAUGUUCACUUCUAUGUUAUCUGUAAAACAAAACACCUUGGAUUUUAAGUGUAUAGCAGUGCCUUUGGAAGUAUUCAUCCCUAUUUUAUAUGAAGCAUUAUCUGCAUAUUUUCAUACCUUAUUUGUGGUUAAGAACUUUACUGUUGCAAGUAUGUGGGCGUUAGAAUUGGAAUUCUGUCUGAAGAUCUAAAUAACUUCAAAAUAUUGCAUUGGCCUUUGGUAACACGAUAGACCCCCUCAUCAGUAAGCACUAUAUGCACAGGGACAUUCAGUGAGGAAAGCACACACAAAUCACACAUGGUUAUUUGAAUAUAAUCAUGGGAUUGCUUUAAAACUUGCUUCUACACCAAGUCUGAGAAGCUAAUGAUUCUCCCAUGAGUGUUCAGACUUCCCACUUGAAGGCUAUCUGAGCUCAAAUCACAAGUACCCACUAGAAAUGUUCUGUAGAACCUACGAAGAUUUUCUCUGAUUAAGAUUAAAUUUGUGCUCAGGUUCAGUAUUGUUUACUGUUCUCAGAUAGCAAGUCAAUAGAUCUUAGGGGUAGGGAGUUCUUGAUUGAUUAUGAUAAUACCUUUAGAACUAAUAAGUAAAAAAAAACCUGUUGAUUAAUACCAGGUUGUCUUAGUUUUAUUUUUUUAAUGGAAUAGGGCAGGCAAUGCAGCUAUUCUUGAAAAUUUGGCAGAGAUCCACACCUUGUGCUAUGAAUCAUCAUCUGAGUUACUAUAUUUUACUGUAGCACUCCUUAUACAGCAUAAGUAAACCUGUUAUACUUAUCCAUGUCUCCAUGGAAGAACUCUGUUAUACCUGGUCACUGAAUUAGUAAGUGAACAUGUAAUUGUCACUGCACUUAAUUUAUGCUGUAUUUUGUUAAUGAUCAGUGGCCUAUGAUAGACACAGCACAAUAUUUAAUUUGCUGCAAAUGAUAAAUAACUGACGCAGCUGCACAGAGCUGACAAAAUUAAUUAUGCAAACAUGUCUAAUACAAGAAAAGUCCAUUAUGCCAUAUCAAACUGUAAUUUUAAUUUGUACUUUUAUGUCAGUUUCCUGAGCCUUACUUUGACAAGUUUCCUAACUCUAAUAUAUGACAAAGUUUGUACUUACAGUGUUUACGUUGCUCUGAAUACUAUUCUUUUUAGGACACUGCAUAUGAUGCUUAUGUAAGCCAAUCCAUAUCCUCUCUUUUUUAUGCAUUUCCAUUUUACAUUGUCCAUCCAACGUAUACUAGCUUUAUGGGACUGCAAGGUUUAUUCUUUCUUAAAUUGACAUUUUAGUUUUAUGUAAAAAUAGAUUGUGAAGCAGUGAAUGAAACAAUGGUCCUUACAACUACUUAAUCUGGUACAUUCCAAUGAAUGCAAUUAUUGAGCAGUAAGUCUGAGUUGUGUGGCCUUAGUAUCUCUUAUUUAAUAGAUCUGUUUUGUUAGGUGGUUGUUGAACCAAUUUUUGUUUUCAAAAAAAAUAUGGCUCAAAUGAUCCACUGAGUGCUUUCUCAUAUGAUAUGACUCUGUUGAGUCUUUCAUGUUCUGACUAUGGAUGCAACUACAUAGUAGUAUCAUUGCUUGUGCUUCUAUCAUUGAGUAGAUUGUGCUACUACUAUUUUCUAGAUGAAGCAUCUUAUAUAGUGAGUAUUCAAUAUUAGCUGUAUGAAUGAGCAAUACUGCAUCUGUAAUACCAAAGAUUGCAUUUCUCUGAUCAAUAUUUCUUCUUCAAAAAAUGACAUAAAAAUUAAUGCAUGAAGUGUAUAUCACUUUGUAUGCUUCUAUAAAGAAAAAAAGGAUGAAGUGGAUCCUCAUGCCAUUAUUCUUUUGAAUGGGUAUACAUUUUAAAGAAGUAGUUCACAAGUGGCAGAUAUUAGACAAUUUCCUGGAUGAUACCCAAUACCAUUUUUUUCAUGGCUACUCUUUUGAAGCCAACAUUAAGCUUGGCUCCCAUUGAUAUUGGGCCAUGCACAGACUAUGAUGUCUGCAUUUUUCCUUUGCUGAUUUCUUUUGACUUUGGGUAACACCACAAUCACUGCAACCUUAGAACUUCAAGUUUAAACACACUUAUCUGGGAAAAGGCCCCAUUUCUUUUGAAUAUACAGUACAUGUAUAGGAUUGCACUGCAAAUCAUCUGUGUAACAUCAAUUAUUUGAGACACUUAAAUGAUGCUAGUUUAAAAAAUCUAUUUGUAGUUGCAAAUAAAUCAAACUGCUUUUGGCUAUUUGAAAAUGGUACUUAUGCAUCUACUUGUAAUUUGGCAUAUGUCAGGAUAAUCUUUGCUUUAUGAAGGAAAUUACCGGUAACCUUCUUUACAAACUUUAUAUAUAGUUUAUUCUAUCCUAAUUUACUUGCAUGCUCACUCUCCCUCCUUAGAGUCUACGUAAGUGGAAUUCACAUGAAAAAAUUGAUUAAGGGGGAAACAGCUGCAUGUUUUACAGUGAUUCGCAUCCUUCAGUAUGAAUCCUUAAGAAAUAUAUUAUUUCACUUUAACUCACCUAAGUUCACCUUUGCUGUACAGUGGUACCUCGGGUUACAUACACUUCAGGUUACAUACGCUUCAGGUUAAAGACUCCACUAACCCAGAAAUAGUGCUUCAGGUUAAGAACUUUACUUCAGGAUGAGAACAGAAAUCGGGCUCUAGCGGCGCGGCGGCAGCAGCAGGAGGCUAAAGUGGUGCUUCAGGUUAAGAACAGUUUCGGGUUAAGUACGGACCUCCAGAAUGAAUUAAGUAUUUAACCCGAGGUACCACUGUACUGUGCUGGGUCCCUCUUUUUUUUUUUACCAGCCUCUGGUCUUUGCUUUGAUGCUGCCACAUAGCUUAGCCUCCUGGGAACCUGAUACUCUGCAUCAGUGCCUUUUUUCUGAGGAUACACAAGGGUAUGCAGUACUGGCACCUUUUUUUUCCUAGAAGAAAAGCACUAUUUAAAAAUGUGGCACUUACUGUAAUAACUUAAUGGUGAGUACUGGCACCUUUUUUCUAGAAGAAAAGCACUGUUCUGCAUGUUUGUUCAGUCCCAAGAAGCAAAAGGAGGUGACUUCUCAUUUAAGGGAUUACAGCCUUACUAUACUAGCUGCAGCCUUGAUCUUCAAUCUGUGUUUACUGUGCCUUAAACCUGAUCCUGGUUGUGAUCCAGCUGUGGACACAAUAAGGCCAACCACUGCCUAAUUCUGAUUAAACCACAUUCAUUUGUGGAAUGGGCACACAAGUCAUCUGUAAACCUCAGUAGUUUAAUUGUAUUUCUGUAGCCUCAUCAAGCCUGCAGAUUCUACCUCCUCAGUCAUGCAAUCUGGGUGCAUAUCCCAUUCCUGGGAGAAAAUACAUUUGCUUUGACUUUUUCUUUCUCAACACUGCUUGCACUAGUAUUUUUACUUUUGAUAUGCAGAAGUAAAAUACUAAGUGGGGUAUUCAACUCCAAGUAGACACAUUGUAAUUAAUGAACAUGACUAAGUUAGGUACGUUAAUUUCAAUAGGUCUAUUCUGAGUUUGCUUAUUUGAGUACCUUCCUAAAACUGGUGAAAAUAUGAUAAAACAAUGAAAGCAGAAUAUUUUACAUGAUGAAGUGAUCUCAGGAAUCACAUUUCAUUUUCUAAUUGAAAUCAAAUAUACAUCUAAUCCAGUGAUAACAAGUAGAAAGUUACUGAUUUAUAUCCAAGUGUCCUAAGAAAGAAAAUAUUUGUGGAAAAGAAUGAGAUUUGGCAAACCAAAAGUUCUCAUUCCUAUGAAUAAGAACCAUUGCCAGACAACACUUGGAAUAUACUACACUUUGCUUUUGUACUCAUGUGGUGAAUAACUGUACAGUCAUUGUCAGGAAAGAUGGCAAUUAACUAUGACCUAAUGAAGCUCUGGGUGUUUUUUUUAAUGCUGUACAUAUAUAAUGUUUGUGUUUACAGUUCCUUCUGAAUUGCAUGUAUAAAGUUAUGCCUGCUUUGUAAAUACACUUAGCUUUUUAUGGUUGUGAAGCACCAUCCCAGAUAUAUAUUGGAUUUCAUCUUGAAGUUGUUGGUUUUGGGUUGUUGGGUUUUUUUAAACCAUUUUAGAAGUCUUUUUCAGUUGAUUAAAGUUGAUACAGACAAUUAUCAGUAAGCAGUUAACACAUAUAGUUAAAAUUGCAAUAUAUAUUUAGGCAAUAAUGCUUUUUUAAAAGUGAGCAAUUUAUUUACUUGACAAAAUAGAUUUACAGUGUAAGCCUAUAUGUGUCUAUGCAGAAGUAGGUCACUGAGUUCAAUGGGGCUUACUCCUAGCUAAGUAGGUAUAGGAUUGCAGCCUUAGUUUUCUCACCCUUGUGAGAAAACAGUUGCUGAACAUAUAACAUAGAAUCAUAUAUCUUGCAAAAGAUACCUGUUCAGCAACAUUUCUUGGACUCUUGUAAACAAACUUACUUCAAGAGCAAUUCAAAAACUGACUUGUUGAAACAUAGGAAAAUGUUAUAUGCAUGCAAAAUGAAGAUAUCUAUUUGCAUUUGGUGAGCUCAAUAAAUAUUCACAGUGGUUUCAAAAAGUGAAAUGUAUUCAUAUUUGGUCACUGAGUUGUGCUUGCUGCAAUUUUUUAAACUUGCCCAAGAUUGUAUAUUAACACUACCAGUUGCAUGAAAGAAGUAGUGAAGGAAUGGGUGUUAACAACUUUGAUAUUGAAAUGAAACAUUUGUUAAGGAUUUUGUUUUGAAAGAAGUGAGUUUUCUACCUGUGCUUCCAUUUCUCUAAAACUAGCAGACUGGGAAAUGACUUUGAUUUUAUUAUUGCAAUCUAAUCCUUAGAAAAACGGCAUUGUUUCAAUUUGCCUCUUUAAAAAUAUUGCACCCCAAAUUUGAGAUGAGUGCCUUCUAGACUUGCCUCCUUGGCAAGUCUAGUACAUUCUGUUUUACAUAAUAUCAUGUACACCACAGGAAAGCAGAAUCCAGACUUGUGAGAUGUACUGUACUUUGUUUUUACUAGAAUAUCAAGAUCCUUAAACCACAGCCAGAUACAAGAUACAGUGAUAGUUUGGAAUGGGGCUAGUUUGAGAAAUGUACACCUAGAAUUAAGGAACAGGGCACCUUGAACACAUGCUCAGCCCCAUAAUUCGUUCUCAGUACCAGAACCGAACUCACUGUUUUUUUCACAGAAAAUUCUAUGCCCAGUUUCCUCUAAAGCUUUCUUAUUCUUUACAGUCCAAUUUUGAAAGAGUGAAAAGCCUUUUAUGUUGGCGUUAUUACUAUUGAAAAGCAGAAAUCCUUGCUGAUAUACUGCAAAUAGUCAAGAGAUCUACUUGCAGAUCCUGAUCUAUUUCCAUAUCCAUCCAGAAACUCUCUCACUUUUAAGUAUCCUGAAAAGGUUGCUUUUGCAAGAUUUUCAGAGUUAGCAGUUUGACUUGGGUAUACAGUGAGUUAACUUGGUACGUUUCAAAUCAGAUUCUUACAUGAGAUUUGUCCUCCUAAUAUAAUUGAGAAGUAUGUUGCUUAAUAUUUUUCUUACCAAUGAAAAACUCAAAUAGGCCAACAUUCCUUUUCAGUUCAGUUACAGCACUUUCUGAAUACAGUAAUUAUGUCAGUACUGCAGGAUAAAUGGCAGCUAAACAUAUAAAACUCAUCAUGUGAAAUCUUACAGUUGUAACUCAAGGAUUUCAUCUAGUGACAGCAGUUUUAACAAUUAUCACUCAUUUAUGUGCUUUAUGAAUGCAUUGCCCUACCUAAGUCUGUUCUCAGAACUAUGUUAACACUUAGUUUGUAUUCUUGUAAUACUCAAAUGAUUCAGACAAUAUUUUAACGUUUUGUGUAUGUAUUUAUAGGUAUGUGUGAUUUGUUCUUGUAAUCAUUUUAUAAUAUUAAAGAUGAUUAUUUAGAAAUUAUACAUUUAAAGCUACUGUGUAAUGAUAUGUAGCAGUAUUUAAGUGUGUGUGAAAAGCAUGUGAUUUUAGCUUCUUUUGUAUAAUUAAUCCAAAGAAUAGAGAAUCUGUAUGUUUGUAAACAAAUCUAUUCUUGGUGUAAUCUUUGCCAAAAAAAAUCAAAUUCUGAAUAAAUAUUGCUAAUUUGCAUAAUUUUUGUUUGUCUUUUUUUCUUGCUUUUUUCUCAUUGAGAAUUUUAUCCAGCCAGAGUUUGGAAAACACAGAUUCAUAAAGAUUGGCCAUAUGAUUCCCAUGCUUAUAUACUCUGACUAAACCUCCUUUGUUUUUCACUGCCACAUGUAUGUUGGUUUUUCACUUCUUGUAGAUGGAAAUAUUUAUUUUCCCUGUGCUCAGAAAUACAGUUUACUAUUGCUGGGAAGAUGCCAUUUUACACAGCAAGCACUGCUGUUUUCUGAGUUUUAUGUCAUGCUGGCUCAGACCAAGUCUUGGUCUGUUCACAAGCCAGGAUAUACUUAAAGAUGAAAAUUCAGAUUCUGCAAUAGAUUUGGUACAAGGCUAUAUGCUAAUGAGCUUAUAUAAUCAUGCUUAUAACUGCAUCUGUCAGCAUGAAAAUCUCCAUUACUCAAAGUAUGUGCCCUUAGUCUGGUGUCCAGUUGGCAAGUUCCUUGCAUACUUGUAACUCAGUAAAAGAUCACAACCUUGGCACUGUAGGUCCUUUUAUACACACAGUUUUAAAGUAUCAAAGCUGAGACUAGUUUAUAAUACUUUGGUGUGCUGCUCCUUAUUCAGUUUAGAGUUGCAGAUAGGAACUAGGAUAUGAAAAAUACUGUGUGCUGAAAUACCAUAAGUUCAGAGCCACCUCAAAGCAUGUCACUGGUGCCUACUUCACUAUAUCUACCACCUUAUCACAUUCAACAUUGCAGAUAACUUGGUUGUUAUACAGUAAUUCCUCCUCUAAACACUACCAAUAUAAUUUUUGAACUCGCAAGAUCCAAAAUGGUGGUCAACCAAAAUCUUCUCCCAAGUAGCAAUUUCCACAACAAGCUUUCCAUCAACCUACACUGUCUGAAUUUUUACCGGGGGUGGGGGGAUAGACCCUGUUCCCUAGACUAUUAACAGCUAAGCAUCAGAAAUGCCACCCAUUUUCACUACUGCUUGUGCACUUAGAGCCACUGGUUCACAUGGUGAACAGGACUGACAGCGAAAUUACUUAUAACCAUGGGCAAAGCCAAGGGGGGCAGGAAGGGGCAGCUGCCCCCCUAGAUCAAGUAAAACAAUAGAAAUACUUAACUUACUGACCAAUCACGACAGUUCUGGCCCCCUAACAAAACUUCUGGCCCCCCAACAAAGUCCUGCCCCCCAAUAACAAAAAUCCUGCCUACACCCAUGCUUAUAACUGUAAAGUUAUCAACAACAAAAAAACCCAUUACAUAUCACCAUGUUCACAGAGAACACUGCCCUAUUUAUAUCCAACCUGAAUAAUCAGAUCCCCAUGUUAAUGUUGUUGAUGAAGAGUUAUGGGAACUUGGCCAAAGAGUUUGGGAGCAUCAUUUAUCUCAGGAGAGGAUUCGUCAAGCCUGGAAAAAAGGUGGGCAGCAGAUACGUGAAGACGAGGAAUUCCCCCCUCUUCUUUCUUUUGGACUCCCUGUUCGUGAGAGAUCAGCUGAGAGAUCUCGUCCUUUCCGGUUGCCUGUGAUCUACCGUAUAUACUAAAGGGCAACCCAUUGCCCAAAAUCACAGCUUAAGGAGCCGUUCAAAAAUCUACCACUACAUUGGUUCUAGGUUCAUUUUAAAUUUAGCCCGAUUUGGGGGGGGGGUGCGCUGCUCUAUAACGGACCAGCUUCCCAAAUUCUCACCCCUAAUAUUGCAAACUAGCAGUCCCUUUUUUAUUAUUAUUGUGGGGCCCGAAUUGCUACGGGACAAAAACAAUAUUGCAAAAAGCAAUUAAAAAUCGCCGACCAAGGCAGCAGGAGAUAAAACAUUAGUCAAAAGAAGAAAGGAAAAGCACUUAAAAAAAACUUUCUCAAGGGAAUAAAGAAAGAAAGAAACCAGUGCCUCGGGCUCCUCGGCUCCUGCAGCCUCUGCGCUUUAGGACGCAGCAGAUGCUUCGCGGCUGCAAAGAGAGCGCCCUGCCGGCGGCGCCCCCUCGCGAAACCGGCUUCUCCCAAUGCCCGCCCCUUCUCCGCUCUCCGCCUGCGCAGCCGCGCCCCGCCGUCGCCGUGACGGGCAGGCGAGAGGGGACGGAGUUGAUGGCGGCUGCGCGGUAGAGACGCUGGCCUCGCUGGAGCGCAGGGCUGGGCGGAGGCGAAAGGGACUGGCGGCGGCGGCGGCCCGUCGGGACGUCUUCGGCGAAGGCGGGUGAGUUGCGCGGCCCCGAGUCGGGGCUCCGCUUCCCGCCCGCGGGGCUGAGGAGGAGCGGGGCGUUUGCGCGCGGGGAGGAGAGCGCCCCCCUCUGGCGCGGGGCCUCGACUCUGGCGGCAGGCGCGGGGGUCCCCUUCGCAAGAAGAGGGUGUCGAGGCGCUCGCCUCCGCGGGAGUCCCCGAAGUUUGCUCGCUUGUGCAACUCGGUCUGCGCGGCAGCCGAAAAGUCCCAUCUCGCACCCCGAUCCUGGCCGUGCUUACUUGCUGCUGGAAGGAAGACCCGCGGUAGCUUAUGGUUAACUUUACUCCAAGUUAGCCCUCUGGGAGCUGCAGUCUUGCAGACGGAUCCUAAGCGCGUUUACUUGCGGGCACGUGCAGCCCCAGUCCCGCGCCGGGUUUGCUACCUGUCCCGCGGAUUGCAGCUGGUUCGCCUAACGCUGCAAAGGAUCGGGCUGUUAAAGAGGGCAGUCCGAUUUUAUGGCCACCUGGAAACAAGUUGCCAGGCACACGUAGGACCAGAGCAUUGUUGUUUCUCAAAGGGGUCUUCCCAAAGGCCACCCUACUGAGUUUUGCUGGGGGUUAUUAUCAUGAUGGGUGAACAUCUUGCUGGAAGCCAUCCUUGGUGUGCUUUUCCUUGAUGCUCCGGCAGUCAUUCAGGCUUGUUCUGAAGACCCUCGCAAAGUUGGCUCCUAAUAGCACAAACGGCUCCUUUGCAAACUAGCAUGCCACAGUGACUCACUGUUCCUGUGGCAGCUUCCUUGUAGCCCCAUCAUAACUUGCUAUCCAGUGCAAUCUUAUAUGUUUACAUCUAUUCUGAAGUAAGCCCCAUUGUGUUUAGUAGGACUUACUCCCGCUCAAAUGAGCUUUUAAGUCCCACAGUGUUUGGUAGUAAUGCACCGAAGCGGCAUUUUGUAAUGCCUAAGAAUAGCUUGAGCUAUCAACUUGUUUUGCUUUGGUCACUCAUAGUUGUGAUUUGGUAAAGAUCUUCAGUUGGAAAUUGAAUACUAUUCUGCUCAUAAUAGAACAUGCUGGGAAACUUGAGCUUCAAGAAAACGAUUGCUUUCACUUGUCUAAAAUGAGUUUUUAUUCAAUAGGGGUCACUGAAAAGGAAACUGAACAGCCUUCAACAGAGAUAAGGGGACAUUUGAAGGAAAACAGAUUCUGCCUUUUUGACACAUCUGAGGUAAAAUAUUGCAGAAAGGUUUUUUUCCUAUUCAUAAUGGCCUUUCAUUGUCUUUCUGAGCGAGUCAUUCACCGAAGACAUCCAUGUAUUCACUCACAUGUCUUUGCACAUAACUUUCCUAAGGAGAAUGAACAGCAAAAGGAAGGUUUCGACAAUGUAUGAAGAAGUAAUUGUGCAGGAUUAGGGGCUUUGUUGGUGGCUGCUCACACAUUCUCCCUCUCUAGGCAUUCUGAUGCCAGGUAGAAGAAUAAUCCAAGGGGGGCACAGGUGGUAGCUCUGUACCCCCUUGUUGCCAUUCUCUUCACCCCCUAUGAGUAGUAAUGUGAAGAAUAUCUGUCUGGAGUUGCAAACAACAAAAUGAAAAUAGUCCAUCAUAAUAGCAGAUUAUGCAGUAAUAGUAGCCCUCAGGUGUUCUGAUGCUGUGUAGAUAAAUUAUUGCAAUAGAUGCACACACACACAGGGAUGGAUAUGCUGCUUUGUCCUUUGUCAUUCUCUUCACCCUCCAAGUUAGAGGACAAUUGGGAGCCUUCUGAACUCACGACACAUUUUAGAGCCCCGGAAAACACACUUCUGGAGCGUGAACAUAAUGAUAAGUCUGAAUACCUUGCUCAUCCCUAUGGGGUGCCCUCAUUGUAGUUGCUCUCCAUAGCUUCAGAAUGCCUGACUAACACUAUUCUUACUGCAAAAUCUGUUGGACUGGACUCUUUUCACUUUGUUAUUUGAGGCUCCAUUAGAAUGAUAACUUUUCAGAGAUUUGGAGGUUUGCCUGUGGUCCAGCGGUUUAUUUCUAAUUUUUUAAUAUUGUGUUUAUCCUGUCAUGGUCUUUGGUCACCUCGAUUUAGCAGGCAUUUCAGAUGGUACCUCCCAAAAAACCAAGAUAAACUCGUUGAAAUGUAGCCAGCAAUAGAUGCGCGAAUGUGUUUUUGUGUGACUAUUGCUUUUGAUAGUUCAAAGAAAAACAAGGUAUUUACGGUACUCUGAUUCAUAGACCAAAAGAGCUUUUUUUUAAAAGAGGAAAAUAAGAAAAAAGAAAAAUAGGACAGGUUUUUACCGCAAAGUAGCUCAAUUCAUAAUCCAGUUUGAAUGAGCUGAAUUACUUUAUAGAUCUUUGUGGAGUUUUGGGAAGCUGUUGAGACAGAAGCUCAGUUCAGAUAUUACUUGUGUGUAGGUACUCAAGAUUUCAAGCUGAUGCAGGGCUGCGUUUCUCCUGAUAUUGUGGUGUUCUGCUAGCUCUGCUAUCUGAUGUCUGCAGGUUGAACUGCUUGUGUUUAAGUGCACAGGGUUCCUAAUCCUGCAGAGCCCCUAAUUGUUAGCAGUUGUUCAUGUGUAGGGGUUCCUUCAGAGGCAACCAUGUUUCAAUGUGCCAUCAUCAGAGAGUAGAUAUAGCAAGACAUUCUGAGAUGAAAAGUGUGGUGCUGUUCUGGGUUGAAACUACGAGUGCCCUACACACAAGUAGCAUAUAAAUAGAUCUGUAUUCUUCCUCCCAGUUGGAAGGUUUCCUUCUUCUGCAAUGUGACAUAAAUGAAAAGAUGUUCUCAGAUGUUUGAAUUCACUGUCUGUCCCCCCCUUUCCCUCUAGAGAAGUCGCCAAACAUGUCAGGAAUCAAAAGAACUAUAGAAGAGAUGGACCCAGACUACGAGGAGAUCUCACAUGUACCUACAAAUAAACGUCAUAAAGCAGUUGAGCAGUCAGGUAAAAAAUAAAAAAUAAAUUCGAAUAUUGAAGUGGGACAGAGAUAAGAGGAGAAGAAUAUAGUCUGUCUAUAGGUAUUGGCUUGUGUUAGAUUUCUAAAAUAUGCAGAACGCUGCUGUUUUUCUUUCACACUAAUAGAAUUGGUUUCAAUAUUUCUUUGUGUGAAAUUCAAGAGCUGAUGGAUCAAGUGCCACCGUUUCCCAUUUAAUUUUAUUAAAAACUUAAAUUACUAUAGCCAGACUGAACGUGAACUCCAAUAAUACUUGGUUUUACAACAUUCUUCUCACAUGUUCUGUGGCAGUGGAUUUUUUUUUUUUUAACCACCACCUGCACCACAGCUAUGAUCUAAAUUAUUCUCUCUCUCUCUCUCUCUCUCUCUCUCUCUCUCACACACACACACACACACACACACACACAAAUAUAAAACAUUUGGUCCCAGCUAUGCAUCUAACCAAUUGUGUAGUUUGGUCCACGUAUGGAUUGCUGAAUUUAUGUGUCCAACUGGACUUUUGAUGAAGAUCUCCUGAAAUGGAUUGAGUGAUUGACUGUUUAACUUCAUCAAGCCCUUGUAAGAGCUUUCUUUCACCAAUCUUCAGAUUUUGGAGCUGUCAUUCAUGUGUUCAUAUAUCAGUUAUUGUAUUGUGGUUCUUUAAAAUAUUGCAUAUUAUUCUUGUAUUAUUUUAAAAUGGGUGGGUGUCACACAUGGGUGCACGCACACAUACAAACAAAUAAAAAUGGCGUAUUUUUUUCAUUUCUUCAUACCUUGGCCUGGUCAUUUUGAUACUAAAAAGUAAGCCAGAAAUCCACAUCGUCUUCCAGGCAUAGAGGACUGUGUUGUUGCAAAUGGCCUUAACUUUCUUGCCCAUAAGAAUAUUCUUCUUCUUUGUGGACUCUUCCUGAACAGCACGAGAUGCUGCAGUACAGAAGAUCGAGGCAAUUAUUAAAGAGCAGUUUUCUGUAGAAAUGAAGAAUAAAGAACAUGAGAUUGAAGUCAUAGAUCAGGUAUACAGAUUUCAAGCUCAGUAUUCUGUGGGAAGGGUUACAGUCACUAUACUUCAUAACGGGACUUUCAUCUUCUCCCCACCCCCACCCCUUUUCAUAGCGCUUGGUUGAAGCAAGAAGAAUGAUGGAUAAACUGCGAGCCUGCAUUGUUGCAAACUACUAUGCUUCUGCUGGUCUUCUUAAAGUCGGAGAGGUAAAACUGAUAGCAAUGGAGCAUGUGACUUUUUGAAAGAAAAAAAAUUGCAUUUACUACAAAGGAAAACCGCCAGAUGUUUGGUGGUCUGCAACCUCCAAGGAAGCCAUGGUCAGAUAGGUGCUUCUGCUACACUCUGCAAGUGUUUAUCAGCACAGUAUAUACUUUGAUCAGGUGGACAUGUUACUUUCUGUCAUAACUUUAAUUCUGAGCAAAAUUGAAAUGUGCUGCCUCCUUUGUUGUUUCAGGGAACCAAGACCUGUGAUCCUAUGGUUUUUAACCAUCCAUCUAUCAAGAGAUUUUUGGAAUCUCCCUCCAGAUCAUCAUCUCCUGCUAAUCAGGGGUCAGAAACUCUGUCAGUUAACCAUUCAGAGAGUGAAUCAUCCCAGCACAUGGACUAUUUGAUGGGAAAGGACAAUGGCAACCUGGAUGUAGAAGAGCGAUUAUCAAACAAGCUCGACCAGAGGCUGAGGAAGAAUUCUGGGCAGGUAAAAUGAACCCGAGGUGUUAAAACAAGGCAGGAGGAAGGGGGAAAAAUAGUGUUCUUUUGUAUUCAAAGGCAGACAUGGCAAAUAUAUUCCUGACUUCUGCUGUGCCUUCUGAAACCCACAGAGAUGGUUUCAUCUUCAACACCCCUCAUUAGCACUGUUGUAGAAAGGGGUCAAUUACAGGUCUCAUUAUAUUGCUUUUUGCUGCCUGUUUUCUGCUGAUGUAGCACUAUGUGCAGCGAUAAUUUCAAAAUCGUUGUGCUCCAUCAUCCACAACACCCCCCCCACCCGUUCUUAACUUUAUUUUCCAGCUUCUAAAAAUAUAUAGAACAAAUAAUCCCUGUUAUACACCUCUCCAAGAAAUGUUCCAUGCAUAUACAAUUCAAAUAAUACAGUCAAACAUUGUUUGUAGAUAAUUUAGAAGUGAUUACGUCAGUUAGGUGCUUUCUGGUCCAUGUCUAGGCAGAUUGUCCCAGAGUGAGUCAUUAAUAACAUUAAAUGGUGUAAAGUUAGUUCAGUUUCUACAACACCUUUGGAGAGGGCAGAGAAAUGGGUUAUUUUCAUCUUAGUUUUUUUAAUGUGAGAGAAUUACGGUCCCUGUCCCUCAGAGGAGUGAAAAGAAAUUUAAUCCCCAGUAGUGGCAGACCUUACGUGAUGAAGCAGAAAAAUCCUUUCAUGGAAUGUACCUAAAUUGACCUUUUUUUUUGUUCUGCAGCGGCUCUGCGUCUCCCUACUCUUGCUUAGAUUUGCAAAUGUGCUAAAUAUCUUUAAAAUGGGUAUUUUAAAAUUUGCUGGUCGUUUUAUCAUUUUCAGGGUUGUUCUCUAUUAGCCUUUUACUGCAUACAGGAGUAUGUCCUUUUUGCAACUUAAAACAGUAGCUGCAUCUUCCUUGCAGGGGGGUAAAAUUAGAGUAAAUGUGUGCGUAAGCAGAUUUCUAAACAGAUUUCUGUUUUGUCCUCAGGGCACUUCUGGUGUUGCUAGAGGUCACAAAGGGGCCCUGAGAAAUGCUGGUCACUCAAAUGAUGAACAUUCGCGGCUGUUUGUGAAGAAAACCAUAGUGGUUGGCAAUGUCUCCAAGUUAGUACCUGAAGUCUUGUUCUUGUGUGUUCUUUGACUGUUCGUCUGGAAUGUGGAUCGCAUCUAGAGAAAUGGCUAAACAAUGUGUGCUUUAAUAUUUCAAAAUGUUUGUAGUGGAAUUGAUUUAAGUGAUUAUUUCCCCCCUCUGCCAGGUACAUUCCUCCUGACAAGAGAGAAGAGAAUGACCAGUCCACUCAUAAAUGGAUGGUAUAUGUACGAGGGUCCCGAAGAGAACCCAGCAUUGAUCACUUUGUUAAGAAAGUCUGGUUCUUCCUUCAUCCCAGCUACAAACCUAAUGAUCUUGUCGAAGUCAGGUAACAGCACUUUCGGUGAAAUUUCCAACUUGCCCCAACUGACUGACAGAUUUUCAGAACCUCAGUGAUUUUUACUUAGGGGUGGGGUUCCAGUACUCUGGGAAGGGGGUUCAAAUCCUCUCUGGCUGAUAUGUGGCAUCAUAUGCCCAAGAAGGUAAACGCAGAAGAGAGCAUAACCCUUCCCCUACCUACUGUUUUUCAGUCAAGAUCUUAUGCAUGAGUAAGCCUGUAUCUGGAGCCCAGCAGAAACAAAAGGCAUACUGAGCAGAAAACAGAUGGCAGAGAUUGUGUGGAGCAGCUGAGCUCCUCACCCCAUCUGUGUGUCUUCCCAGAAUUUCAGCUUUCUGUCUGUUUUUCUAAGCAUGGUGCUGAGAUGUGUAUUUAGCUAUAUCGCAGCUGGGGAACCCACGGUUCUUCAGAUGUUGUUGGCCUCUAGCCAGCUCCCACUAGCCCCAACCAACAUGGCCAAUGGACAACAAUGAUUAUUAUUACAAUUUAUUACUCUCCCUUCACCCUAAGGUUCCAGGGCAGGUUACUAGGUAAAAAGGUAAAGGUAAAUGACCCCUGGUUGGUUAAGUCCAGUCAGAGGCAACUAUGGGGUGCGGCAUUCAACUCACUUCAGGCUGAGGGUGCUGGCAUUUGUCCACAGACAGCUUUCCAGGUCAUGUGGCCAGCAUGACUAAACCGCUUCUGGUGCAACGGGACAUCGUGCCAGAGUGCAUGGAAAUGUUGUUUGCCUUCCUGCCACAGCAGUAUCUAUUUAUCUACUUGCACUCGUGUACUUUUGAACUGCCAGGUUGGCAAAAGCUGGGACAGAGCAAUGGGAGUGGGUUACUAAAUGAGGAACACAACGUUAAAAUUAAAACACAAUUUUAAACAGCCCAGCAAACAAUUUAAAACAACUCAACAUUACAAAAAUAAGAUCGGUCCUAAAAAUAUACAUCUCAAGCGUCAAAAGCCAGGGUAAAGAGUCUUUAGCAUUUGCCCAAAGCUGUAUAUGAAGGUGCCAGACACCUCUGAGGGGAACUGUCGUACAACGUAGGGAGGACCACAGAUUAUAAAACCUUUCUAAAGUCAAAUAGCCAAGACUGCAAAUAUUAGGGAGGCUUGAAAAAUUUGAGUAGUAUGUUCAGUACUUAAGAUCCUUAAAAUUCUUUGGCACUGUCUCGAAUACUUGAAUAUCACUAUGGUAACUCUUUGCUGGUCUUCCACCUUAUGUCGGCCUUGUUGCUUGUUCUGCACCUCCAAAUCCCAAGCUCAGAAGUAUCUUGUAUGUAGUGGAAGACUUUUGUUUUGAAAAAUGAUCCUUAUUUCUAGAGAGCCUCCUUUCCACCUGACUAGACGGGGCUGGGGAGAGUUUCCUGUCAGGGUUCAGAUUCAUUUCAAAGACAGCCGGAACAAAAGAAUUGAUAUCAUACACCAUCUGAAGGUAACUUCGCUGCAGUGAUAAUGCAUAGAUGAAAAUACUCUCUUUUUGUAUUUUUAUUGUUUUGCUCUCACAAGAAGUAACACAGUAAACCCUGUUUUCUAUGCUAGUCCUUUUAUGGUUCAGAAUAGUUGUGUCUUCUGUGAUGCAAUGCUCUUCUCAGGGAAAUAAGUAUGGCUCCCUCUUGCUUGGCUUUUAGAAGAGUCCUAACUUUUUUCUUAUUAUAGUUUGCUUUGGGGUGAUUUUAGGGCACUGUGUUUUAUUUACUGGUUUUAUUUUAUUUAACAAAGUUUAUAUACUACUUGAUUGUAAUGAAAUCUCUAAACCUAAAACAGAACAACAAAUAGCCCUCCAUGCUCACACAAGUCAAAGUGCAUAGUAUCCAAUGCCAGUCAUUCUGGCAUCUGAGACAGAAAACCCUACAUGUAUAUCUUUCCCAACCCUACUCCCUGCAGUUAAAAUACAAAAUAAGAAAUUAAAAAGUCAACAACUUUCUGGCAUUUUGUGGUACCCCAAACCAACUGCAUGGGGCAAAACCUCACUCUGCCUAUUGGCAGGGCCAGUUCUGUUUAUUGCUAUGUGUCUUUUUAAAGUUUUGUGUAUGUGUGUGUAUUUGCUAAUAUUUGUGACAAAGACACCUAAACUUUUCCUUUCCUAAUUGUUUCGUACAGUUGGAUAGGACAUACACAGGUCUACAGACGCUAGGUGCUGAAACGGUAUGAUUUUUAAAAAGUUUUUCUCAGGCUUUUCUUGUAAAACUGUAGAAUGGAAACAGUGAUCACUUUCUUUGGCCAUCUCCGCCCCGCCCCGCAAAGUAUGAGCAGUACAAAUAGUUAUCAAGCAGUUUACAUGUUGAAAGUGCACUCUGUAAAUUGUGCGCUGCUCACUGGGUGGGCCAUCAGUGUCUGCUUAGAAUUGACAUGAGAUGCACAUGCUUUCUGCUCUUGGUCUUAGGCAGGAUUUUCUGUGACCUCUUAAGAGGCCUGGCAUGGGAAGCCUCUGGCCUGCAGGCCAAAUUAGGCCUGACAGACGACCCCAUCUGGUCAAGGCGAUUUUGUUCCAGUUGCACCCACCAGUCACUCAUCUGAAGUCAUAUGUCAGGUGUGUGUCACGUAAAAUGGCAUCUGCAAAGGGAGCAUUACAAUUGGAAGCCUUGGAGAGCACUCAUGAUUGUUCCUUUGCAAGUAAAGCAUUUAAAUUCAGUGCUGAAUACAAGUUGCACGGCUGGGGUCAAGUUCACUCAGGAGAUCCCAACUGGAUUUGAGGUUUGCUGAAAGCAGACCUGGGAACAGUUUCCCUAGCAGAUCUGCAGCGUGGCUUGAUUUGAUGGCAGAUUUUAAACAAUGCUGAAUGUAAGCCCUGCUGGUUCAGAUGGGGAUCAGAUCCACCUGAUGUCAUAUAACUAGCUGAUGUUCUCUGAGCAAUACCUGCUUCUGUGGUUGGUUGCUUAACUGUUGGGUUACUUGAACUUGAGUUCAGGUGGAUUUUAAGCAAACCAACACAAUUCCCCCAAACCAGGAGCUUCUGUUGAUGGGUGCAAAAGGUUUAGAAACUGGUAUCCUUUGUAUCUAAGUAUGCAGUGAAGUCCCUCUCUGCACACUUAAAAAAAUGUGUCGUCAUCAGUUGCCUUACCAUAGUUGUUUUUCUCUUGAAAGGUGGUGGAUGUUGAAUUGCACCGGCAUUCUUUUAGAGAAGAGUAUGUCUUCUCCCAGUCUUCAGAUUCUGAUCUUUCUGAUGCCCCCACCUCGUUGCAUUUGCCAUUAAAUAUGCCAGCACCUGUAAAAGCAUCCUCACCAAUAAAGCAGAUACAUGAAUCCAUUACGCAUACUUCUGCUGAGAAAGGUAAAAUAAAAACGCUGGGGUUACUUUAGUUGGCCCUUCUGUUGCUAACAGUUGUGUUUGUGUUUAUUAACUAAAAAUAAAAUUCAAUAAAAAAUUUAAUAAGGCGGGGUUGGUCAACGUAAUAUGUGUGUGUCUUAGAGUUGGAGGAGAAUUUGACCCAGACUGGAAACUGGCUGAUCUGUCGAUCCAUAGUAUGUAUCCACCCAAACAUAUAUUGGGAAGGGCCAUAGCUCUUGCAUGCCAAAGGUCCCAGGUUUAGUCCUUGACCAUCUCAAGGUAGGGCUGGGAAAACCCUGGAGAGCUAUUGGCAAUCAGUGUAAACUCUGUGGACCAAUAGUCCAACUAGGUAUAAGGCCGUUUCCUUUGUUCUAAACAGUGUUAUGUUGUAGAGUACAUUAUGAUGAAAAAAUUCUGAUACUGAAACUUACAGGAGACACAUCCUAGUUGACGUGCAGUUUCAGUGGGUGUGCAAGGAGAGAAACUUUUUAUGGAAUAAAUAGUCUGAAUAGGAAAACACUACGCUGUUUUGGAGAUGGCGGCCUUUCAGAUAUUGAGAGCUCAUUCUGAGGGACAGAAAUAAGUUGUUUUAAACAUUUUGAUUUGUCUGCCUAGAAACACUUCAUAACACUUAAAAAAACACUUUUAUUCAUCAGGGUUCAGAUCUGAAGCCGAAAGACAUACGACCUUCUAUUCCUUGCCAUCGUCUUUAGAACGGACUCCCACAAAGCUGGCUUCACAGAAAGUUACUUUUGGUUCUCACGGCAACUCAGCUUUUCAGCCAAUUGCUGCUAGUUGCAAAAUAGUGCCUCAGGGUCGAAUCCCAAGCCCUGCUGAGUCUCCGGGCAAGUCUUUUCAGCCCAUCACCAUGAGUUGCAAGAUUGUGUCAGGUAUGGCUUGGUUUGUGCAUCAAAUUGUGUUGUACAGCGAGAUAAGAAUAAACUGCCUGCUCUUUCACUGAGUACAGUUACAAUCUUGUAUGUUGUGAGGAGGGGUGGGGGGGUGCCACACAAGUCAAGCCAGAAGCAUGAGAUAGUGACACUCAAGUAGACGCUAUGUCACAUAUGCAGCCUCCAUACUUAGGAGUAGUUUUGCUCCUAGUCUACUGAGCCCCUGUCUUCCAGGUUGUAAACUCCCUAGUUCUUAGGUCAUAAGGGGCAAAAUGCUAAGAAGCAUUACAAAAUGUUUAAUGCUACUGGGAAUGAACAAGAAGCCCACAGCCUUAAGGCACAUAGGGCCAGAUUCUGUUAAUGAGCCCUGCUCUUGUGUCCCACAAAUUGGCUUGGAGGUUGUUGGGGGAAGGGGAAGCAGAGGGGAGAUUUUUCCAUUUGAUGGAGCAAUUUCCUUAGCACUACCUUGAUAAUUCCUUCCAUAGUCCUCUAUAGUUUGCUGUAGAAGUUGUGAUGGAAAAAAGUAUCAUCUUUCAGUGUUCUAACUUCCUGUACAGAAGUCUGUUUCUGAAGAAAACACAGCAGGUGCCUGAUUUUCAUUGAGCUGCUUCUACGCUUGCAGUAGAAUUGAUUCUGCAAAUUGCUGCUAUUGUUGUUGUCAUCGCUACGCAACCGUCACUUUGGAUAUCUGUCUGACAUGUACAAUGAAGAAUCCCUUUCUGUUUCCUUAGGAUCUCCGAUAUCGACCCCAAGUCCUUCUCCACUACCUCGAACUCCAACUUCCACUCCAGUGCAUAUGAAGCAAGGGGCUGCCACCCCUGCAGUCAAUAACCCUUACGUUAUUGUGGACAAGCCUGGUCAACCAGUUGGGGCAGCAGCCACGAGCACAGGUGUGGACUGUAUGCGGGUGGGGAAGAAUGUGCUCUCCUUUCCAGAGCCUUUGCAGUGUGUGUUUUGAUUUGCCUUUGAGGCAGAAUGUUCAGAAUAACCCCUAACCCCUUGUGUGCUUCGCUCAUGUCUUAAUUGUCAUUGCUGGAUACCGGUGGAACAGCCAUCUCCCUCACUAACUUUUGUUUUGUUUGUAAAAGGUAUUUUCCUUUCCUAAGACUCCUUACUCCACAAACCUCACAACAGCCUUCAGCGACCCUGUGCCCUCUGGAUAUUUUGGUCUACAACAAAACAUUCCUCCAAAACAUCUUGCAGAUGCUGGGUUGAUGAAGGCUGCCUUAUAGCAUUCACUUCCAUUCUCUUUGAUCAGUUUGCCAGGGACAAGCAGUUGUUGUAAAGUAAAUUGCUUGUCCAUCCUUAGUUGCAUCGAGCAGCUUUUUGCAGGUUUAGACAUACCAUCAUAGAUUAGUCAACUGCAAACAUACUUCACUGAAGGCAGUUCCUGUAAAAGUGAUUGUGUUCUGUGCAUGCUAAGAACAUAGGAAGGUAUCUUACACUGAGUCAGACCAGUGGUCCAUCUAGUUGUCUAAACUGACUGGCAGCAGCUCUCCAGGGUUUCAGGCAGGGAGUCACUCACAGCUCUACCUAGAGAUGCUGGGACUUGAACCUGGGGUCUUCUCCAUGCAAGGCAGAUGCCCUGCCAUUGAGCUACUGCUCUUCACGUUUCCUACCUGCGCUUCUCUGUUCUACAGUGUAACACAGGCUUUCUCAACCUUGGCCCUCCAGAUGUUUUUAGCCUACAACUCCCAUGAUCCCUAGCUAGCAGGACCAGUGGUCAGGGAUGCUGGGAAUUGUAGUCUCAAAACAUCUGGAGGGCCGAGGUUGAGGAAGCCUGGUGUAGCAUGUAGAAGGUGGGGGAGGGGAACUUUUGCACCCAGAACUUUUCAGCUCAGAGACACUGCUGAGAGACGGGGAAAGUGUGUAGGAAAUGGUGGCAACCAUCUCUCACGUGAUUUGUGCCUAGUCCUGGCAGAGCUGUAGAUUCUCUGGGGCUGCAUUCAGCAUGUGGGCAUAGAAGAGAUGUAUUGCUUUCUAGCAAAAUGGGAAGCAGACUGGCGAAUGAGCACCCGUCCUCUCUGUGGCUUUGUGGGUGUCCCCCUCUGUCUGUGAACCACCUGCCAUGUUGCCUUCCUUGCAAGCAGGCAGCGGUUGUUCCAUUCCGCCAGUUGUCCAGCAAGGAAAAGGUGAUUCUGUUCAGAGCUGUAAUGUGACAGUUGUUAGAACACACUGAAGCUACACCAGGAUGGCCAAAUGUGUGCUGUUGUAUUUCUCAAUAUAUAGGGAGCCCUGGAAGUAAGGCUUCAAGUGUUUCUCAAGCCUCUCAAGGGACAGCAUCUCCGGUAUCAAAGAUCCCUGGGAGCAGUUUGGUAACCUCUGCUGUCAAGGUAACAUUCCUUUGUUUGGCUUUUCUGUUUCUGUUUUGUUUUUAGAAACUUGUUCAGGUGGAGUAUUUUGUCUUUUAUUCCUUGAUAUUCCAUGGCAGUGUAGUGCCUUUUUCUGGAAACUGUACGUAGAGUUCUGGUUCAUUUUAUUUAUUCAUUAAAUUUAUAUCCUCCCAGGGUGAUAAGCAGUAAGCGAUAAAACAUCUUAAAAACAUGGUUAAGUGUUUUAUUUCUGCAUCCCAAACAUCUCUUAUGUUGGAACUGCUUUCAAAUGUCUCUCAAGUGCUCUAUCCUUAGUGUUCUCCCACCAAAACCACAAUUUUCUCUGUAUUUCACGGUCCUGUUUUUCAGUGGUGUUUGGAGAAGCCAAAAUGCCUAUUUGCAAUGCUGUCGUGUGUCUCUCUAUUUCUAAGUAAGUCCUACUGAAUUCAAUAGAGCUGACAUCCUAGGUAACCAUGCAUAGGAUUAGGGACUUGGGCAGUUUUUCCCUCCAGGGUAAGUCUGGGCAUGGCCUAUUUAUAAAUUACAUUGGUGGAAGACACACAAUCUCCGUAGUUGCAACAUGUUUCACAUUUCCAAAAAUCAACAAGUAAGCUGAGGUUAUUGAGUGCAUUUCUUGUUAAGUGUGGUGUUGUCUUCUGUGUAGGCACAAAUUUUGUAUUUAGGGAAAACACAGGUAGCACUUGACAACUUUAUAGCUACCAUUGUCAAAAUAAUAUUUAUGUAAACAUUUGGGGUGAGGGAAAGAGAUUCCAAAUAGCCAGUGGUGAUUGGGAACCUCACCAGUAGAGAAGCACUGGGAGCAAUUCAUUUGGCUUUUUAAGCUGACGCAGACGAAUAAUGUUAGUAUACUUCUGGGCUGGGGAAGAAAUCUCAAAGGUACAGAACUAGAUUGUUGCAGAUAAAUGGUACUUCAGAAGGUGAUGGAUUUGUAGCAGAAUUUGGAACUUUUGAAUACUUGCUUUUAUUACUUCUUACAAAAGAGAACAUUCACCAUAAGCUAAAUCAUCUUAAGAAGCGAUAGAUAAGCUUGUUGUGUGUUUCAAUAGACUGCUUCUAGUAUUUAAAACAAGAUAAUUUUUGUCUAGAAUUGUUUCCUAUGCAACUUGGGUGUUGAUGCAAAAGUAGUAGAGAAAGCCAUUCCUUUGUCACUUAUGAAAGCAUCUCUACGUAGCAAGUUCUGUGCCGUUUUAACCAAACCUGGCACAGGUUAAUGAUGGUGAUUUGUAAUGAACUUAUGCGUUCAGUAACAAGCUCAUUGUAUUUGGGAAGAUUUUAAUGAAUUGAAGCCCUCCUAAAAGUGAGGAUCUCUAUUUCUGUACCUAACCAGGGCUGCUAACCAGUUAAAUGCACUAAACAUUAUUUUUGCAUCUGUCAUUUUAACUGUUCAGUUGAGUACAUUUAUUACCAAAAGUUUAGUAUUUAAAGGAGGACGGCAUAACGUAUGCUAUAAUAAACAAAGGUACGAUUGUUAGAAGUUUAGAUUCUCUUUCAUUUUAGAAUCACAACAGAACCAACGGCUUUAAGGUAAUAAAACUUUGUGUCAUUAACUCCCCAUGAAACCCAUAACUUUUUGCAGGCCCAGGUUGGCUUAUGUUCCUUGUAUUGAAUAAGCUCAUUUCUUGUAUCAUAGUGCUUAAAAAAUAAUAAUUGCAUAGUUAACUUAAUUGUCUGCUUUGUAUAAUUCUAGCAGGAAGACUCUCUCUUUGCAACCAUGCCACCUCUGUGUCCAAUUGGGAGUCACUCCAAGGUACAAAGUCCUAAAUCUGUGACCGGAGGAUUUGGAACAUUUACAAAGGUAUUGGAAGUCUUAUUAUUCUCUUUGCAAUGUGUAGCAGCAGUGCAAGCAGCAUUUAACAGUGCAAUUCAUCAUAAAGCAUUCUAAAUAUGUGCUUCUAACUUUUGAGAUUUUUGUUAUUGAUUGCUCAAGUAGAUAGAAAGAAACUUUAUUUGCAAAUAAAUACUACCAAAGCAAACUUGCCCAAGUAUUGAAAGAACCCAUUCUGAUUUUUGUUUCGCUCUUUCCAUAGUGUCUAGGGAACAUAAUGACCUGACAAAUUUACCUUACCACCUUUUUCUUCUUUUUUAUUGUUACACAAGCAACUGACUUUCUUUGGGGGAAGAUAAUGUUAAUAUACAAGUAAUAUGUGUGGUGCUUGGUCUUUAUAUAUCAGUAAAUAUUUUGCAACUGGUCUGCCCAGAGCUGAGAUUGAGCUCUGAUACUAUACAGUCAUACCUUGGAUCCCAAAUGCCUUGCGAGUCGAACGUUUUGGCUCCUGAACACCACAAACCUGGAAGUGAGUGUUCCGGUUUGUGAACGUUCUUAGGAACCAGAAUAUCCGACGGGGCUUCCGGGGCUUCUGAUUGGCUGCAGGACCUUCCUGCAGCCAAUCAGAAGCCACACCUUGGUUUCCGAACAUUUUGGAAUAAUAAUAAUAAUAAUAAUAAUAAUAAUAAUAAUUUAUUAUUUAUACCCCGCCCAUCUGGCUGGGCUUCCCCGGCCACUCUGGGCGGCUUCCAAAAGAAUAUUAAAAUACUAUAAUACAUCAAACAUUAAAAGCUUCCCGAAACAGGGCUGCCUUCAGAUGUCUUCUAAAAGCCUGGUAGUUGUUGACAUCUGGUGGGAGGGUGUUCCACAGGGAAGGCGCCACUACCGAGAAGGCCCUCUGCCUGGUUCCCUGUAACUUGGCUUCUCGCAGUGAGGGAACCGCCAGAAGGCCCUCGGUGCUGGACCUCAGUGUCCGGGUAGAACGAUGGGGGUGGAGACGCUCCUUCAGAUAUACUGGACCAAGGCCGUUUAGGGCUUUAAAGGUCAGCACCAACACUUUGAAUUGUGCUCGGAAACGUACUGGGAGCCAAUGUAGGACUUCCAGAAUGGAUUCUGUUCGACUUCUGAGGUACCACUGUACUGUUUCAGGGCAAACCAGACAUGUUUCAGAUAUUUUUUGCAAAUAUACUCCUCUUCUGGUAACUUCUCUCAGAAGCUGUUCUUACCGUGUCCCCUGGUUUUAGGAUACAGAUGCAACUAUGAACUUUUGAGGGACAGUCGUAUAUGAAUUACUUAGUGCUCAAUCAAGCAACCUAUUUGUUUCUUGUAAAAAAAAUAGACAGCCAUGGUGUAAGAGCUUUUAUGGGGUUUUUUAGUAGAGAUUAAAUUCUUCCCUUCCACUUGAUUUAUUUGAAGGUAAUAAUCAAGCAAGAGCCUGGAGAACCGCCUCAACAGUCUCCAGCACCAGUGACUGGGACAACCUCUCAGACCUCAGUACAGCAAUACGUUACGGUGAAAGGAAGUCACAUGAUUGCUUUGUCACCCCAGAAGCAGAUUGUGAGCACUGGAGAGGGAUCCACAUCAUCUAAGGUAAAAUAGUUUCCAUUUCUUUUUAUUUCCUUUGGCUGUUUUCACCUGGCUGUAGGUCAUCCCAACCUAUUUUCAAGCUGUGGUGUGCAGAUGUAGAUUCGAACCUGGAUUUAGUUGCCUGCCGUGCUCAACUGCUGAAAUGUUUUUAAUUGAUUUCAUUUAUAGGUUUGUUUAAAACUUUUUUGGUAGAUGAAUGAAAGUAUAGAAGUGCCUAAAUUAAAUAAAUGCAUUUGUCUCUACUAAAGACACAGUCAGUGCUUUGGGAAUGUGGAAAAACACCAGUUCAGAAACCAUAUAGUUUCUUUGUAAACCUGCAUUUUGCAUCUGGGUAGCAUGUCCUGCAUUUGUUCUCACACAGCUGCCACUUCAGGCCCAGUUUGUGCAGCUGACUUUUUUGCAUUAUUAAAAUCCCAUUGCAGUAAUAUUGUAUCUGUUGCCUUAGAAAGGUUAUUAUAUUUGUUAUCCAUAGAUACGUUUUGGUUUGUGAUGGGCUUUUAAGUGGUGUAACAUUCAUAUAAUCAAACUGAGUUAAUUGAUGAUUGCCAGGUUUUGAGUCACCUGUGUUUGUUUGGUUGUUGUAAUGCCAUAUUGUUUUUCGUGUUUUCCUGCUCUCUAAUGGGCCAGUUUAAUUAAUAGAUGGUCACAAUCUGUUUUACUGUAGGUCAUUGGUGUUCCAGUCGGGUCUGCUUUACCCAAGCAAGCUGUGGCUAUCGGUGGCGGGCAGAUAUUAGUAGCAAAAUCCAGCCCUUCUGUCACAAAGGCCGUUGGUGGAAAGCAAGUUGUAACGCAAGGAGUUGCAAAAGCAAUUGUGAGUGGCGGUGGAGGGACCAUCGUGGCUCAGCCUGUGCAGACUUUAACGAAAGCUCAGGUGCCCUCAGGAGCUCCCAAAAGUGGAACUCAAGGACCAGGUAAAGCUAUCUUAUUUGCAGACACCUUCAGAAACAAUUACAUGGAACCAGUUAAUAUGCAGUUCUGGAAUAUUGUGGUAAUCUUCUAAAUCCAGUUGAGGUGUGGCAUGCAUAAAUUUACCAAGCAGGACUGUAGAAAAAGCAUUUUUAGUGCUAGUUUGUGCUGUUGUAACCCAUGUCUAGGCACUGAAGGAAGCUGUCUUCAUGUUACACCUGUGUAACAUCGCACUUCUGUACCUAUUCCUAUUGAAAAUGCAGUGAGAAACAGAUUGUCCAAGAGCUGUUUACCACAAUAGCUGCUCGCAAGAAGUGGUCUUUUGCCUUCACCAGUGCAGAUUUCUUCAUUCUUAAUAAAGAAUAUAUUUUGUUAGUUUUUAGAAAGACAGGAGGAGCAUGGGUGCAGGGUCAGAAAGACAGUUUGCCCCCUUCCAGUGGAAAUUUCUUGUUCUGCCUUGUGAGCUUUCGUUUGUUUUUCUUGCUUGUGACUCCUCUGCCUUCAAUAACUUCUGCUCCUUCGAUCAGUUUUGCUUAUGCCCACGCACUCCUCUUUGCACAAGGAAUUUCCCAAGCAUGCGCCCUUUGCAGUUCUGUUCAGAUUCUUCCUCACAGCCCUCUCCUUCCGCAAGAUCUUGUUCUGCUAAAGCUUCCAAGUAUUCACGUGCAUUUUGCUCACAAUCCUAUAAUGCAACAGCUUGCCUCCAUCUUCCACAAGUCUAACUGGAGGUUGAGAGCUUCUGUAAAUAGAGGGUUUGCCUCUUCCUUGCUGUGUGAAGUGACUUGAACUUGAAUCCCAGUAUGAAGAAAAAAACUAUUGUUGAAGUCAUAGUGGGAAGUCAUUAGCUCACCAUCUUAAAAAAAAGUACUCAAAUAAAUAAAAAUGAUACAGAAAAGAUUAUUGCUGGUUUUAUCUGUUCCUAUUUGAAAUAGUGUUUGGCAAAAGACGGUCUCUGUAAGUCUGGGUGAUCUUCAUUUUUGUUUCUGUUUUUCCUUUCAGUGAUGGCAACAUUGCAACUUCCAGCCACGAAUCUGGCCAACUUGGCAAAUCUGCCCCCCGGGACUAAGCUGUACCUUACCACAAACAGCAAGAACCCUUCUGGGAAAGGAAAGCUGCUGCUUAUACCUCAAGGAGCCAUUCUGCGAGCCACAAAUAAUGCCAGUUAGUGUUAAACGGGUUGAAUCUAAUGUGCUUGGUGUAGUGAUUCCAUAACACACAUGAAUGGAGUAGACGCUGCUACCCUAGUCUGGCCACGCAGCGUUCCCCUAAAGGCAACAACUGUUAAACGGUGCCUCCUUGAAGCUUGUUAAAAUGAAUCAUGGGACUAGGCUGCCCUGCAUAUGUGAUUGUUUUGUUUGUUCCAGAUCUGCAGUCAGGCUCUUCAGCAAGCGGAGGUGGGGCAGCCCAAAGCACAAGUACUGGCUUAUCACAGCAUCUUACCUACACGUCCUACAUCCUCAAGCAAACACCACAGGUCAGUCAUAAUACAGUUUUCUGGGAUGAAGGCCCAUCACAUGGGCCCAUGGUUCCAGCUGUCAUCUAAAAAAAAAAGGAAAUGCACUCAGAGUUGUGGGAAGUAGGCAUGACCAGUUCUCUUCAUCCGCAUUCCAUUUCUUGCAGUCACUGUGGUCUUUGUUUUGGAGUUGGGGGUGGGGGUUUCUCCAUGAGUUUUGCCACUCCCUUCUGUUGAUCUCUGCUGUUGCUGGAUGCUAGAUAAAACAUGAGUGGCUUUGGGUUAGGUCACUAAUACAAUUGGUUAGAGCAGGGAAAGCCCAUGUGUUUGCUGGACUCCAGUUUCCACCCUUCCUAACCACUGGCCAUGCAAGUUCUGGCUGAUGGUUGUUGGAAACCCCAACAAUAUGCGGAGGUCACUACAUUGGUGAUAUACUCCUGGGUUAGAGUAUGCCUUAUAUUUGAGCCUAAAGGCUUAAGAAGCGGGAAUUGGCCUACAAGGGGCCCUUAUCUUGAGAAAGCACAGUCUCUGUGAAUCUGCGUUGACAUUCUUUAAAAAAAAAUAUUAUUUUUUAUUAUAAAAUACACACAUAUUGCGAAUAUACAAGCAUACAAACAUACAUUUGUGGGACUGAAUGUAGGUAUGUUUGUAUAUAUUUAAGGAUUGUAUGAAAUGUGUGUUUGUGUUGACAUUCUUUCUUGUCUCCAUAGCAAAAAUGUAAUAGUGAUAGUUGUGCAGGAGGCAAUUGUGUUAUGUAGCACGCCAGUAGCCAGGCUGAAUUCAUUGAAACAAACAGUGAGGAAGGAGUGUUUUAUGAACAUCUGAAACCAUUUGACAGGAUAAUGUAUAAAUAAAAAUAAAAUUAGCCUUCCCCAGCCUGUCGCCUUCCAGAUAUUGUUGGACUCCCAGCUCUCUCCCAUAAGUCCCAUAAGGUCAUGGCCAGGCAUGAGGAGAGUUGGGAGGCCAGCAACAUCAGGUUGGGGAAAGUUGUUGAGUUUCUUAACUGAGAUGAGGUGGUAUCCCCCAGAUAAGUGGUAUUGGAAGAGCAAAACAGUUUGCCUGUCAAAAAAUCAAACCUGAGAGGGCCAGAAUUUGCAGUAGGACUUCUUCUUUAGAGAGGUUUCUCUUUGGUGGUGGUGGGAGCAGAGUCCUUGGGGCACUCACUGUAGCAGUUUCCUUCUUUGGUCCAGGGCACCUUUUUAGUUGGCCAGCCAUCUCACCAGAGUUCUGCGAAACAAGCAACAUCUGGAACAGUUGUGCAAGGUAAUGCAAGUGCUGGGACACCAUCUGCACAAGGACACCAGGCGUUGAAAGUGAUAACUGGACACAAAACAGCAGCUCUGUUUGCACAGGUAACUUCCAUGUUUAGGGCUUUGAUUGGGAUUGAAAGAGCAAACACACAACUGGUCCAAGGGGGCUUUGGGCUUGUGUGUACUGUGAAACAGCAGCCCUUUCAGUAUGCCUACAUAUCAUGUAACUUCUGAAAUGGGAGGGGGCUUUCAAAAGGUUCUUGUGAUACGACAUGGGGCGGGCGAGGUCAGUUAUCCAAAUGAAAUAGUUGGAAAUGCAACUGGGCAGGCCCAAGUCCUUGGGGAUGUCUAAAGUAGCUCCCUGGAUCUCAGCCUUUAUUGCAGACUUUUGUUAUCAAAGGAAAAAUUCAACACUAUAAAAAGGUUCUCGACUUCCUCAUCACAAUAGUGGGAUUAGGAGUGGGAAAGUAGAAACAAGGAAUUACUUUCACUUGCUUUCCAAAACAGUAACUGUAUUGAUCUGUUGUACAGAAAAAGAAAAGUACCGGUAAUCCCAUCAAACCCAGUGGGACUUUCUUCUUGGUAUUCUGUGUUUCCAGGCCCAUCCCAAAGCAUUUAAAAACAGAUUGGGAGGAAUGCCCACUUAUUUUCAUCACAUUUUUUUGCAAACCUUUGAUUCACAGGAAGUUGCGGUUUCCAUUUAAAUUUUUACAGUGGUACCUCAGGUUAAGUACUUAAUUCGUUCCGGAGGUCCAUUCUUAACCUGAAACUGUUUUUAACCUGAAGCACCACUUUAGCUAGUAGGGCCUCCAGCUGCUGCCGUGCCGCCGGAGCCCGAUUUCUGUUCUUAUCCUGAAGCAAAGUUCUUCACCUAAAGCACUAUUUCUGGGUUAGCGGAGUGUGUAACCUGAAGCGUAUGUAACCUGAAGCGUAUGUAACCCGAGGUACCACUGUAUUUUAAUUUCAAAGGCAGCUUCCAGUGGACAAGCAUCACUGAUGAAAAUAUCCGAUAAUACACUGAAAACCUUGCCAGCAUCGUCACAGCUCUCAAAACCUGGCACCACUGUGCUAAGAGUAUCUGGUGGAGUGAUCACUGCAGCAACAACGUCGUCCGUGACUCUCCCAACAAAUGGAGUUGCACAGGUGAGAUGAAGUGGUAUGUCAGGUUUCUAGUGCAAGUGCAACCGCUCAGGAAAGUAGCCUAUGAAAUUAAAAUCUUCUACUUCAUCAGUUUUGAUUCCCUUGAAGUAAAAGGUAGUUUAAAUUUUCAGAAACCGUCCUGCUUGCUACUAGCUUUACUUAAAAAGAAAAGAAAUUACUUGGUGCAAUUUGAUAUUUUGCCUUGGCUUAUUCACCCAAAACUACUGAGAUGAAUUUUAGUUCAAUAUUUGUGGUUGCCACUGACCCCUGACUCCUCUAGUUCUGCGGCAUUUGUAAAGAAACUUGCAGAAUUUUUAUUCCUUUUGUUACAUGUACACCUCUCCUGCCUCCCACAGUAGAGCUCCAGGCAGCGUACAGAUCCCAGGCUGGAUCAGCAGGCAGAGGAGGGCUUAAGCAGCUCUCCUGUUCACUCUGUGAUUCUCUCCUACAGAUUGUUAUUACUAUUCAUUAAAUUUGUAUACUGCCCUUCAUCCGAAGAUCUUGGGGCAGCUCACAGAGGCCCCCACAUAAUCUUGGUUACGUGCAUGUCUAAAAGCACAAGUUUGCGAAGGUAAUGUGUACUUCCACAUUAAGUUCGUAAGGGAUGAAUGAAUUCCUAAUUCGUGCUGGCUGGUGUUCUUCAACCCAGUAUUCAAUUAUUUUAACACAGCAAGCGGACAGUGCAAGUUCUAGCUCAUCUCCAGCUGCAGGCCCUGUAGUGAAGGCGUCUGGACAGCAGCCACAAGUUUCUGCCAACCAGGGGCAAGCAGCAUCGGCUGUGCCUAAUAAAACAAAUGCAUCUGCGGUUGUAAGCAUUGCUUCUUGGGUGGCUGCCCCAGCCCCAACCUCUGGGAAAACUGCAGUAUCAGGUAAGGAAAAUUCCCUUUCCUUUGCUCCUGCUACCUUUUAAAUCUAGACCUAUAAUGCAUUGAUAUUUUGGGUGCUGAAAUGGCAGAAUUGGGAGCACCUAACUAGGACACUGUUGGGACGUGGGUGGUGCUGUGGGUUAAACCACAGAGCCUAGGACUUGCCGAUCAGAAGGUUGGCAGUUCGAAUCCCCGCGACGGGGUGAGCUCCCGUUGCUCGGUCCCUGCUCCUGCCAACCUUGCAGUUCGAAAGCACGUCAAAGUGCAAGUAGAUAAAUAGGUACUGCUCCGGCGGGAAGGUAAACGGCGUUUCCAUGCGCUGCUCUGUUUCGCCAGAAGCGGCGUAGGCAUGCUGGCCACAUGACCCGGAAGAUGUAUGCCGGCUCCCUCGGCCAAUAAAGCGAGAUGAGCUCCGCAACCCCAGAGUCGGUCACAACUGGACCUAAUGGUCAGGGGUCCCUUUACCUUUUAACUAGGCCACUGUAUUUGUGGCCUGACCUCUUUCAAAAGAAAAUAAAAAGUGCUGGUGUUUGGUCUGCCUCUAGGCCAUUUAGGAGUUUAAAGGUAUCUUGAGGUCAGCCUUCAUACAUAUGCAUGAGCUUUGAGUAGCAUCUGCUCUUUGACCCAGAAUUAAUAAAGUGCCAAUUGGCGAGUUCCAAGGAUGCAGCCUUUUUAGUAGUGGCAACACUAUUGCCAAAUCUUCUCCCUGGAAAGUCCACCAACUUUCCACUCUUCUGGGGGGGGGGGGGACUUUAUUCCUGUCAGACAGUUUUAAAAUCUGCUGCUGCUGUGCUUUUCUGCUUGUUUCCCUUGGUUUAUUUAAUCUGUGUUUUUAUUGUUUUUAUUUAUGGGGGAGGGGGUUUGUAAGCCACUUUGUGGGGAAUUUUAUUUAGAUACGGGAUAUAAGCAGUUAUAGUAAAUAUUUUGAGGUGGCAGCAAGUGGUUUAAUUUUUUUUUUUAUGUAAGUAACUAUUUGGAAAAGUUAAGGUGCAGCUAAACUCUGCAUCUGUGACUGCUAAAAGGGUGCAGAGUUCUUAAACUCUUGCACUGCUUCCAGAAGAUGCACAGAUAGUCAAAAACCUAUGUUCUCAAGGGAAAGGAGUUCCACAGCUGAGGGUCUGUUGCUGAGAACCCCUCUCUGUGUGCCCUUGCAAUCCUAGAGAAGGUACGUGGAUGUUUGACUGAGAGGGCUCUCACAACUAGACAAUGUGGACAAUAUGUGAUCAGGAGCUCCUGAUGGUUAUUUCAAUUGCCAAUCUGAUUUGGCUCCCCUGCGGCUGCUACUAUUCUUCUUCUUCUCUCUUUUGAUAUCUUUAAUUUAUAAAUCCUCAAUCACAAGAAUGAAAUGUGUUUUCUUCAACAUAACUUACCUGUUCAACUCCAUUUCUAAAUAACAGAACUUUGUUCUGGAUAGGCAGUAUUUAUCAGUGGUACAUCGCUCCAUCACUACUUUAGAAAUGCUAUCUUUGCAGAAACAACUAUAUUUUUUUUGGUAAUUAUGACUUUUCAAUUGUAGCUACAAAUUGACUGUUUAAUUGUCAGACUUCCUUAGUGAUGGUUUUCAGUUGAUGCUUGAUUCUGUUUUUAUCAGCAUCUCUCCCCUUUUUGUUGUUGCUGUUGACAGAAGAGCUGAUUUCAUAGUGUCUUACCUUGUGCAGAAAGGAGCAAGAACUCUCUUUAAGCAUGACUUCUCUUCUAGGAUUGUUAAAGAUCCACUCCAGUCAAAAUAGUCCCCAGCAAGCUAUUUUGACGGUUCCCAGCCAACUCAAGCAACUUGGUGUGAGUGCUGCCUCUGGAGGAGUCCAAACAAUAUUGAUGCCUGUGAACAAAGGUAAAAUGCAGUUUGGCAAGACUACAAGUGUGUACAGAUGCUUUUGAUGAGAGUAUUUGGACAGUUUAGGUAACCAUAUAUUAGCUUAAGAAACAAGAUAUGGAUUUUGCAAAAAACUAACUGACCAAUUAUGAAGUCUAUUUACUAUAGUUUCCCAUUACGUCUUAACCAGGAAACUAUAGUUAUGAGCUUUGCAGCAAUUCAGGUUAUUAAGCCAACUUCAAACUAGAAUAGCCUGAAUUCUUCCAAAGCUGAUAACCAUAUUUCCUGGUUUAGAUGAAAUGGGAAACUAUGGUCAGGUGGAUACUUCCUGGUUUGUUUGCCAGCUUGUACAAAACAGAUCUGUGCACAGACUCAAAAGGCUUGUUCAUAUCUUAACAUAUUAAGCCAAGGCAUGAUCAUCCAAGUGCAGUUGCUAUUAUGUGAUACAUAACGCACACUACUGACAUUAACGCUAGACUUAAGCUGCUAUAGACAAAUUUCAGUUUCUGUACCAAAAUACUAUAAACAAUUGAUCAGGCAUCUCCACUAAGGAUUAGUAAAAUAAUUGAUCGAUACAAUUGUCUAGCAGUUUGUUUGUUUGUUUGUUUGUUUGUUUGAUUGAUUGUUUGAUGAAAAUACCUACAUAUCAAUGUGAAACCAGUAUUUUUCUUUUCUCUCAGUGAUACAAUCACUUUCAUCCAGCAAAGUAUCUGCUGUUACACCCGUAACCUCAACAAAUGCAGUUGUUCCAAGCCCUUCUGCAGUGUCUGUUGCAAAAGGUAAAAUUAUUUCUUAUUGUGAUCAGACCUUGCCCUUGCUCACCUGUGGAAAAUCACUGACAUCAUUAUUGGUGGUGGUAAUCUAAUUUAUUUUAUCUUUGAUUUUUCUUCUGUGUACAUUUUUACCAGGAUCUGACUUGGAUACAAAGACUUGCCAGCCUGAUAACUUUUAUGGCAAAUGUACAUGCAGAAAUGUGGCUCUGAGCUUAGUAAAACUGAGUGGUAAUGGGGGGCAGGGGGAGUGAAGUGGGCACAUUGGUUUUCUUCUUUUUUUGUCCCACAGAUCUCCCAUUUUGUAACACUCCUCAUUGAAACCAGUGGGGAAGAGAAUUAACUACACUAGCUCCAGGCAUAACUGAUAAGCCUGAACCCAGGAAUGGCAGGUCAGGUCUCUGGAUCCAGCCCCAUCCCUCAAGUGCCCUGGUUUGAGCCCAACUACGCUGUGGUCUAAACCACAGAGCCUAGGGCUUGCCGAUCAGAAGGUCAGUGGUUCGAAUCCCCACGACGGGGUGAGCUCCCGUUGCUCAGUCCCUGCUCCUGCCAACCUAGCAGUUCGAAAGCACGUCAAAGUGCAAGUAGAUAAAUAGGUACCACUCCAGCAGGAAGGUAAAUGGCAUUUCCGUGCGCUGCUCUGGUUCGCCAGAAGCGGCUUAGUCAUGCUGGCCACAUGACCCGGAAGCUAUACGCCGGCUCCCUCGGCCAAUAAAGCAAGAUGAGCGCUGCAACCCCAGAGUCGGUCACGACUGGACCUAAUCAUCAGGGGUCCCUUUACCUUUGGCACUAAUACUUACAACAUGCCUCCAGAGAAUUCUGUGGCAGGCAAGCCUCACUUCCCCACCAGCAAAGCUCUUUCCCACCAUUGUAGAGGUACCUCUGCCCCAUCAAGACAGUAGGACUGAGAGCAUGGAUCACUCUGUUAGAAGAAAAAGAAGAAGAAGAAGAGUUUGGAUUUGAUAUCCCGCCUUUCACUCCCCUUCAGGAGUCUCAAAGCGGCUAACAUUCUCCUUUCCCUUCCUCCCCCACAACAAACACUCCGUGAGGUGAGUGGGACUGAGAGACUUCAAAGAAGUGUGACUGGCCCAAGGUCACCCAGCAGCUGCAUGUGGAGGAGCGGAGACGCGAACCCAGUUCCCCAGAUUAGGAGACUACCGCUCUUAACCACUACACCACACUUAGCUUAAUAAAUAAGUCUGCAGUAGAGUAGAACAAUGCUACAAGAUACUCAGAAGGCGCUGAUAUGUCCAUGGUCAGAUUCCUUUAUGCACGAGAACUAAAAGUGCAUGCAAUGACACAUACUGCUGAGGCAUAACAAUAUGGGUGCAUUUUUCUCUGUAAGCAGUAUCCUAAAAUGUGGUUAAUUAAAAAAUGCUUUUCAGCAGCUCCAGAAGUACAGCAGUGGUUUCACUUGGGAGUCUUAGGGAUAGUGCUAAUGAGCUUUUAAUAUAUUCCUCCCAUAAGAAGCUGCUGGUCUCAGCUGAAAUAUUUUCCAAAAUAACAGAACAGAAAUAUUCUUGUGUGGGAAAUGAAACUUCAGGUCAUUAUCUUCCAAAAGAAAAUUCUUCCAAUAUUCUAGACGGUGCUGUUGACUUCAAUUCCACCACCAACAUUGCUACCAUCUCCUUUUCCUCAUUAUUCUUUUUUUCUAUGAAUUGGAUGGUGACUUUUCAGGAGAGCAUGGAUAUUUUAAAACUGUUUGGAUGAAUUGCAGGAUUUUACACAUAUUUUAGAGGACAAGCAGGGACCUGGUUGCUCCAGCAACAAAUUCCCUGGAGCCAGCACCAUCUCAAGGUCUUUUUCUUGUCCUAUAAAUAUAUAAAAAUUGCAGUUAUUCAGUUAUAAAUAACAGCUUUGACUCCUUUAUUAGCUAAUUGGCAGGUUCAAGGCUAGGCAAACAUAUAUUUUUCUACAGAUGUCUUUAAAAUUUUUAACAGGUGUAUUUAUUUUAAUUAUUCUUUUAUCUUCUGAAGUUAAGCUGGAGCCUGAUUCAGCAGGACAGAGCUGCAGUUCGCUUGUCUCCCAAGAUGGUCAGGUGACAGUGAAAGCAGAGGAAAGUUCUGAACUUGGAAACUAUGUCAUUGGGUAAUUAUUCUUGCCAAGUUAAAACUUCAUGAGUUGCAAUAGGGAUAUUGCUCACUGGGGGCCAUAUUUGGGGGGUAGGUACCUAAAAGCGAUAAUAUAAAACAUGCUCUCUUGAUUUUUUACAGGACAGAGUAUUUGGACAACCUCCAGCAACUUUUGACAGCAAUAGUAAAGAAAGUGCCAUUGAUUGCUGAGAGAAGUAAGAACCUGCAGAAAAACACACACACACAAUUUUAUUUACAUGUCACCUUUCCAUAUUCAAACCAUGCUCUAGGCAUUACAAACGUUACAAACGUUACAAAAGUAGUAAUUACAAACGUUACAAAAGUAGUCAUAAUCAGUAGAUAAAAGAUUUAAAAGUACACAACCAAAUUGAACAAUUUCUUUGCCAGUGAACUAUGACCUUUGUGGCCAUUUAACUUUGAGAUUUCAUCAUGGAAAAGAGCAAAAGAACUCAAGAAGCCACAAAAGAUGUUCUUUGCAAAAUACAUAGAAAUCUGAAUAAUCUGAGUACUCUGUAUAGUUCCAGUCUCACUACCCAGCCAGAUAGGUGGGGUAGAAGUGAUAAAUUAUUAUCUUAACCUUAACUUAACUUUCUCUGCACAAGUUGUAAGUGUUGCAGGCUGCAAUCCAUUAUUCAUGUUGUUUAAAAUAUUUCUUAACAACUCCUUAUUGGAAGAUACCAGUGGUAGUGUGCUGAACUGUGAAUAGAAUUCAUACAACAUAAAAGUUCAGCUUAAAAUCAAAGUUGGGGUGCCACCACAAAAAAGGCCUUCUCCUUUGUGGUAGGAUAACAUGCCUCUCUUAAGUAAGUAACGCCUCUCCAGAUUACUAGAGAUCUUCUGCAGAUGCCCCUCUUGCAUACUGACACCUUCAGGUGCUUGGGGUCUCAAGCCAUUUAGGGCAUGAAAAAUAUGCACCGACACCUUAAAUUGGGCUUGGAAGCAAAUAGACAGCCAGAGUAGAUCUUUCAGAACAGGCGUCUGAAUAGCUCUGGUUGUACUUGAGCAGCUGUGUAACACAUUGCAGUAAUCCUGCCAGGAGGUUAUCAAAGCACGGUUCACCAUGACUAGGCUAUCCCUGUCAGGGAAUGGUUGCAAGAUGACAAUGGCAUCUGUAAUACUCAGAAGGAACUAUGAAGUUUCCAAAGCAUUUCACAUGCCUUAUCUCAGUAAUCCUUAGCCUUACUGACAGACCGGAGAUAUGUAUCUUACCACUGCCGGUAGCUGUUUGCAGCCAUUUGUCAAUUCAAUCCAUCUGUUGCUAAUUAAAGUAGGCAUUGAUUGCCUACCUGCAAGCUGCCCAUACUGUUAGCACUAUUAAUGUUUCCCUGGUAACUAACCUUACAUGGCUUGAGGGAAGCUUGAAAACAGCAGGAGCAAAUGUGCAAAACUAGGUGGCGUAAAGAAAAUGUAAUGACAGGAGAUGCCAUAAAUAUGUGUAAUGCCUCUUUUUAAAAAAUGCUGUGUAAUUGUGUGGGCCUCCUAUUUGGGAAACAAUGUUCUCCACCUCUGCUUUGUAUUAUUUACCCCCCAAAAAGCCUCUUUCCUGCUCUUAUAUUUUCUUUUCUGACAUUUAUGGAUUCUUUUUACCAGCAGAGUUUCUAUACCUUUCUGCAGUGUUGAUGUUUUUUAAUACAAUUGGCCUUAAGUGAUUUUCUUAGCCUAGUUUAACGGACAAAGGUAAUUCCUUACUAUGGAUGCUGCUGACCAGUUUUCGUUUUUGAGAAAUCAGAACUCUUGUUUCCAUUUUCCUCUUUUGUUUCACUUUGUCCUUUGGGUCACUAUAAGAUAAUAUGAACUUAGAAAAUGCUUGUGUUCUAUAUGCCUUGUAACUAAGGAAGUUUGAGCCUUUUUCUCUGAGGAAAGGCAACAGGAGAAUCAGUAUUCACUGAGUGGGUUGUCUAUUAAGAACAGGAACCCUGAAAGGGAUUUGCUGCUAUUAGAAUGUCCUGCUGUGGCUUACUCUCUGAAUCGUUCAUUUUGCUAUUAGAAUGUCCUGCUGUCGCUUAUUCUCUGAAUCGUUCAUUUUGGCAGAACACAGGAGUAAGUGUUUAGAUGAGAUUGCCACUUAUUUUUUAAUUCUGAGGCUCAGGAGGUGUACACAACACACUUGUACUUUCUCCCUCAUGCAAAAUGAUGCGCAUAACAAAAUGUUCAGGAAUAGCCAGUCACACAAUAAAUUUAGUUUCAUAGCUGUUAAAAUUUAUAUUUUUUGUGCUUUCCCCCUGCUUUUUAGCUGAAGAUGCCAACUCUUAUUGUGCCAGUUCUGUGGAACAAUAUUAUAGCUGGAAUAUUGGAAAACGGAGAGCUGCAGAGGUAAAUCUUCUUAAUGUGCUCUAUAAAAAUGAGCUUAAACCCUCAGAGAAAUGUCUGGCUGGAAAUCUGUGCCUUUGUGGAGCUGAUUUUUAUUUUUAAAAUCUCUUCCAGAAGCCUAGGUUAUAUUUAAUAUAUAUGUGUAUACCCAUUUUCUUUUUUCUAAUAUAGUGAUAUUGGCUUAAUAAAAUGUAAAUAAAUUUGAGGUUUCCAGAUAUUUUUAGCACUAAGUGUGAAUCAUUGUGUAAAUUCCUAUGACUAAUUUCCAUUAACUGUUCUUUAUUCUGAAUUUUAAGUUGUUGUAACCUGCCUGCUGAAGGGUGGAUGAUGGCGAUGGUAAUAUAAGAAAUGGAAACGUGGUUCUUUGAGACUUCUACCAUAUCCUUAUUCUGUGAUUUCCAAGUUUUGUCUGAAUAACCUAGAUCAUAUGGAGUUAGUCAGGAGGCAGCAUGGUUUAGUGGUUAAGAGUUUUGGACCAAGAAUUGGGAAGACAAGGUUCAGUUUCUUCACGCAGCCAUGAAGCUUGCUGGGUUACCUCGACCAGUCAUACAGUCUCAGUCUAACCUACUUUGCAGGAAUGCUUUGCUAAUAAAAGAUGGAGAAACUGUAUGUUGCCUUGAACUGAUUAGAAGAGGGUGUGUAAUAGAAAUCGGACCCCCCUGCUAUGUAUCCAAGGAAAGUGGCAAAGACUUGCAAAACACUUCAGUGGGGGGGGGGGGGAAUCAUAAGAGCUGUAAUGAAAUGAAAGGCAGGUUUACAUUAGUAAAAACAAUGAAAUUAAGGACACCUUCACUUUAAUUUCCCAUUGGAGAUUUAUUACCAUUGUUAAACAUACUAUGACUAACUGCUUGGCCAGUCUUUGGACAGAGGAUUUGCUAUUCAUUUCUUCUUCUUUUCUUUUUUCCUUAUUUGUUCUUCUGUUUCUCUUUCCUGUUUCACAAAAUGACCCCUCUGUUGUGCACAGAAUACAGGAAAGUAGGGAGGGCACCCAAACAAGGCACACAUUGUCCCUCCAGAUGUAGCAGGCUGCAACAAUAGACCCAUUUGCCUCUCUACAAGUAACAAAAUAGUUAGCAAGCUUUGUCAGACUCUGUUUCAGGCUGCAAACAGGGAGCGAGGCUGGGAGCAUGAUUCGUGAAAUUGUACAGGAAGGGACUGUACUGUGUGUGUGGCAUGGGGCUGGUGGUGCGGGUUUGUAAUGCCCCCGCCCCCCCAAAAAAAUUCCGAUGCUUGGGCCCGGCACAAUUUAAGUAUCCCUUGUUCUUUGAAUGAUCUAGAGCAGGAAUAGGCAAACUCCAGUGCUCCAGAUGUUUGGGACUACAAUUCCCAUCAUCCCUGACCACUGGUACUGUUAACUAGGGAUGAUGGGAAUUGUAGUCCCAAGUAUCUGGAGGACCGGAGUUUGCCUAUGCCUAAUCUAGAAAUACACUAAGAAAUCACCAUCAACCUUAGUUUACGGAUUUAAAAUCUAAGGCCAUACACUGAUCAAGGUACUGAACCCAUAACUGUUUCUUAAGCUCACUUGGGUAUAAUAUGUAAAAGCAGCUAUUUUCAUAAUGUCCUAUUUUUCAUCAUGGAUCUGAUGAAAUGCAUUCCUGUUUCAAAAGCUUUUUGCUACAAUAACUAUAUCUGCAGUGCUCUUGGUUGUUGUUUUUCUGCAAUGAACUACUAUGGUGUUUUGUUUUGUUUUGUUUUUACUAAUUUACCAUAAUUGAUCCAAUUCUAAAGUUGUAAAAGAUGGAUAAAAACAGGGGGGUUUUGUUCUAAAUCUUAGCUCUUGUCCUUUCUGGAUUUCCCCCCAUUAUAGUGGCAACGAGCACUGACAAUACGGAAAAUCCUCCAAGAAAUCAUAGAGAAACACCCAAAAUUUCACAGCAUUACCCCCUUGAAAACAAAGCAGGUUGUAAAUUGGUGUCGCUCCCGUGGCUACACACCACCUGACCCGGAAACUCUGAGGAAUGAAGAUUCCAUAGAAGAUGUGCUGACACAAAUAGACAACGAGCCAGGUAAGGAGUCUUAUUUUAGAAUCUCAAAACAUCUGUACCUUGGUGAUGAUUUAACAACGCACCACCUCCAGAGUUCCAUUUAUAAGCCCCUGGCGCCAGUUUAGUUCUGUUCUGUCCAUUUCAGUUUUUGCUUUUGGGAUCCCAAAGAAGCCACUAAAUUUAAGAAAAUUUGCUCUGAUUCGAUGCUCCUUUGGGUUUGGUGAGAUUCAAAAGAAACUACAAGGUUUUUCAGGCCACCACCACCAUUAGAGGCACAGGAGCGCCAGUGGGUGAAAACGUGGCAGUCCGGAACCUAACUUGUACCUGAUUUUUACAAAAGCGAAUCUAGAUUCCGUGUUGCAUGGCAUGGUAUAUUUAUGGUGCACUAUUUAACGGUGCCGGAUUGCCUUUCUGUUAUAAGGUGUGGGGAAUCUUUUCUAUCCCAAGGGCCACAUUUCCUCCAGGUCAGUCUUCAAGGGGCCACCUUGCCAACAAUGGCAAUGGCAAAGACAGGCAGAACGAUUGAUGUGGUUCUUACCUCUGUGCAGUAAUUCAAGAUAUGCAGUGGUAGUUUCUAAACACCCACGUCUCUCCAUCCUGCAGGCAUUAGUGCAGUGCACAGACACAUUCCAGACAGGCAAAAGCAUGCACGGAGGGUGUAGAUCAGGACUUGGGGAGACGGGAUGGCCUGAGAGGAAAUCCUGAGAGCUGGAUAGAGAAGCUUGGAGUGCCACAUUUGACCACCAGGCCUGAGGUUCCCUAGCCCAACUGUAUAGACAGAGCAUGCUGCUAACUUGCUCAUUUGGAAACUCUUUCAAAUUGAGAUAGGUUAAGAGCUAGCAAGCGUUGUUUUGCAAAAUCCAUAAUUGAUUUUGGAAACAGAAUUGCUGCCCUCCCUUACUUUUCCAAUCUGUCUCUCCUGAAAGUUUCAGUUUCAUUUGGCAGACAUAAUUCAGAAGCUUUCUAUUCCUAAAUGACUUCUACUGAAAGUUGAUAUUUUUUUACACUCUUGCCAGAAUGGCGGGUGCUUGUUGGGAAAGAGUGGGUUGGGUUUUAAGUGGCAGCAAGGAAUAGGCAGAAGGAAUGAUUCAGCAUCUGUUUAUUCAUUCUGCAAUGCAGAAGAUGUAUCCGGGUUUUUCUAUCCAAAACUUGAAAACUGCAGAAAUAGAAGCAAAAAAUCAGAUUUUGCUGGAAAGCACCUGACGUAAUAUUAAAAAGGAGGACAUGGAAAGGGAGGGGAGGGGUGAGUUUAGGUUUCUGCUGACCAUCCCUGGCUUCCUGAUAUACGUGGAUCUAGAACAUGUCCUGUAGGGAAUGUCACAUCUAGAAAGACUGAAGUCCAGCCUGGAGUGGACUAACACAAAAGGAGGCAGCAUGCCUCAGUGGCCCAGUUCUUGCUAUAUGCACGACUCACUCUGAUGUGGAAUCCAUGGAGUGUGUUUCUGUUGGUCUAUAGAACUUCACAACUGUACCCUUUUAACCAUUUUAAAGAGCUUGAAAAGGAAGUGCUUUCUCUUGAUGAGAGUGGGUCAGUUUCUCUCCGUUGUCUACGCUGGUUUCUCCUUGUGCUCUACCAGGGGAGGUGGUGAGAGAAUGAAAGCAGGACAUUCUAUAUGCUUGCCCACUCUGCACAUCUGCCAUGUGUUUGUUUUAUGGGUAACUUUCCUAGAGAAAAGCUCUAGACUUGCACAUCUGACCCCAUAGGCAUCCAUAUUGUUUCCUUCUGUCCAUAACAUUUGAUCAAAUUUGUAAAGUUAGUGCCCGGUUCUAAAUUAAUGUGUUGCAAAUGGAAGCAUUUUCUUUUCCCCUUUGUUGCUAUCCUUGGAUCAAGAUGCUGGGGGGGGGGGGCACCUCCUUUUCACUUUGAAAAUAUUUCUUUCAUGUUUGGAACAUUGGUUCUACAAAUGAUUUGCCUUAGGGCUAAAAACAGGUGUGAAUCUGUAACCUCUUAAUUUGGGCCUGGAAAGCAAUGGGCAACCAAGGCAAGUGCUGUCUUUGGCCCUUUAAUGUCCUAUGGAGUUUGAGGCCAGGAUGCCUAAAGGACUGCCUGCCUUGUAUUAGCAUGCUAAGGUUUACAGCAGGGGUAGGCAACCUAAGGCCUGGGCGCCAGAUCCGGCCCAAUCGCCUUCUCAAUCCGGCCCAUGGACGGUCCGGGAAUCAGUGUGUUUUUACAUGAGUAGAAUAUUUAAAAUGCAUCUCUGGGUUAUUUGUGGGGCCUGCCUGGUGGUUUUACAUGAGUAGAAUGUGUGCUUUUAUUUAAAAUGCAUCUCUGGGGCAUAGGAAUUCAUUCAUUUUUUAUUACUCUUUUCAAAAUAUACUCCAGCCCACCACAUGGUCUGAGGGACGGUGGACUGGCUCAUGGCUGAAAAAGGUUGCUGACCCCUGAUUUACAGUCAGCUACUAAAAGGCCACAGGCUCCCCAUCCCUAGACAAAGACCUGUGAUAUGACUGGAGCCAAGUACCCCACUCCUCCAGAGCAGUUUUACACUUGUUAGUAAAAGGCUCUUGAAAUGUUGAUGCCCACUGUGUAUAAGUUGCUUUUUAAAGCUCCCUCCUUCGUCACGGUAAUAUCUAUAAACGAAAAUUCUUAUGUUUACUGAACAGUGUGUUUCCUCGUACCCAGUACCAGAGUGAAUAGCUCUGACUUGCAUUUUUUUUACAAGGAGGGCAGUGAAACAGGCAUUUUUAUCCAUAGCCACGCUCCCUCACUUUAGGAUGAAUCUGGACUUAAAUUAGUUCUGUCAAUCAAUGGAACAAGUUAAUCAAAAAUCCCAUUUAUUUCAAUAAGACUAAAGCUUGACUUAGUGUGGAUGCGAACCUGCAAUGUUUAUCUGGCUACCCAGCUGCUGUGGGACUGGAGUCAUUGUAGCAGAAUGAGGCAGGUCACUUUGAGAAAUGUCAGUCCAUCCACAGCACAAGUGUCUCUAUUUUUAUGGGCUUCUUUUCAGGCAUAACGAUGAUGGCAACUUGAGAUGGCAGGAUGUUGUCACUGGAAACCAUGUUCUGGUGUUGGGCGGUAGCAAUUAGGGCUUUUUCCUCCUUGCGGUUCAGCACAAACUCCAAAUGCCUUUUAGUUGCACCCAUCUGUCACUAGAUACAGAUCUGUUUGUAAAUCCUCUUUCUGUCUUCCCGAUUCUUCUUGGGAAAGAAUGCUCAUCUUCUUACACCACUGGGGAAGAACUAUGUCGAAAGCUGGAAGAACUGGAGCGGUUCCUCAAGCAAGAGCCAGACAAUGACGAGGAAAUAGACAUUAUCAACGUUGCUGAGCCUCUGAAAAUAAACAUUAAAAAGGAACCAGAGGAGAAGCAAGAGGAAGCAAAGUUCUACUUGGCACCCCAACCUACAUCAGAGUUUGUGCGCGAGACAGUGGAGCAGGUACAGAGAGAAAUGCUCUUCAUAGCUAGAUGAAGAAUUAUUCACUGCCUCAAGCUCUUGACAGUAUAAUAAAUUUGUCCUGUGAUACUUGCAAGCGGUGUUGACUUUUUCUGGUUGGAGCUUGCUGGUACUCCUAGACUGCCUGUAGUGUCUCUUUCGGGGUUUAAUCCCCACCCUCAAUUUGCCUACACCAGCUUUCCUCAAUCUGGUGUCCUCCCCAUGCUUGUCUGUUUUGCUGGCUGGAGAUGUUGGGAGCUGUAGCCUGAAACAUCAGGAAGAGGCACUAGGCUGAGGAAGACUAACUUAAACUGAUAACAAGAACCCCAGGACCUGAUGUGGAGAUGGUGACGUUUAGCCCAUAACAGAAAGAUAACGGGGCUCAACACAGAGUGGGCAGGCCCAACUGGGGGAGCCAGAAGUUUUCCUGUGAUGUGCCUUCCACACAUCUCCCCCUCCCCACCAUUCCCACAAGUAGUUCUGUCAGGUUGUCCGAAUCCCAUUUUAACAGAAUGUUUGGGUCCUAUUUGUCUGCUCCUUUGUUUAGUAGUCAAGAGCGGUAACCUUUUUUUCACCCUCUCGUUUUAUAGAUAGGAAUUUCCUUUCAGCCUGUGGAGCUGCACAAGAACGUCUAUGCGUCCGUAAUAGAAGAUAUGAUUUUAAAGGUAAACUGUUAGAAAACUUCCUGUCAUUCAACAGUGUAAAAUCUAAGUCAUAGCUUGUUGAGUGAAAUGCAGAAAAAUUAAGUUGUGGCUUAUAUGAGACUGCAUGUUCAAAGUCCUGUUUUUAUAUAUAUUUAUAUAGGUAUGGUGGUGACAAGUUAAACAAACGUAUCGUUCUUUGUAAUUUGUGCAUGGGGAUGUGUUGAUUUUAUAAGACAUGGUUUGUGAUUAUUAAAAGCAUUUCUUAACUGUUUAUGUUCUCUGUCCUUGAAACCCUCUUUAUAACAGGCCACAGAGCAACUGGCAAGUGAUAUACUAAGAGAAGCUUUGGCAGUUGGUUACCAAGCAGCACCUCACAGCAGGUAUACUUGCUUAGGUUUUCCUUAUACAGUGGUACCUCUGGUUAUGUGCUUAAUUCGUUCCAGAGGUCCUUUCUUAACCUGAAACUGUUCUUAACCUGAAGCACCACUUUAUAUAAUGGGGCCUCCUGCUGCUGCCGCGCGAUUUCUGUUCUCAUCCUGAAGCAAAGUUCUUAACCUGAGGUAUUAUUUCUGGGUUAGCGGAGUCUGUAGCCUGAAGCAUAUGUAACCUGAAGCGUAUGUAAUCCGAGGUACCACUGUACUGUGUAAUUUGUGUGGAAUUUGUGCAUUAGACAGAAUCUAUGUUUAUUUUGAGGACUAUAAAUUGAAAAUGGUUCAGAACUACGAGGCACCAGAGGUCUCCAAAUCGCUCACAGACUGUGAUAAGACGUGGUUCCGUGUCUUCUGGUCUCCAAAUCGCUCACAGACUGUGAUAAGACGUGGUUCCGUGUCUUCUGGUUGCUAUUCUGUGUGCCCCCAAAAUCCACUACAAUCCUAGAUUUCUCGAGUUAUUUUCUCUAGCCAACAGUCACUUCUCUACCAGGGAAGAGAGAAAAAUAGCUUCAAAAUGGGCCAGGCAAUCCUGAUUCUAGAGAGAGAAAUGUGCACUGAGGAAUAUGCAAAAAUGGCUUCUCUUUUCCACUGUCUUUAGGAGGAACUUCCUGAGUCAUUUUCAAGCCAUUUUUGAAUCUUCCCUUGAGCUUGUGUGACUCUCUCUAGCACUCAUCAGCCACAGCUCUGAUUUGUUAAAAACCACUGAAAGGCGGGAUUGUUCUCACAAAGCAAUUGCUUCAAAUGGAGCCUUACAUUUUGCUUUGUAACUUUUGUUCUUAAAGGGCUACAGGAUACUGCUAUUUUUAAAAUGAAAGUUCAGAGUCUGGGCAGGCCCUGAUAAUAGUAAGAAAUUAAAAUUUGUUCAUGGUCCAAAUCAAUACCAGUUUAUAGCUGCAUUUUUAUUUGCACAGUUCAUCCCUUGUGGAUUUUGCUGUUGUUUGCUUAACCAGGUGCUUAGAUGGAGGCUUGAGGACUAACAUUCCAUUGAUAUAUUCUCCCUUUUCCCCCCAGGACUCCAAGAGAGAUCACCGUGAUGAAUAUUCACCAAGCCAUCUGUAACAUUCCCUUUCUGGACUUCCUCACAAACAAGCAUAUGGGAAUAUUGAGUGACGAACAGUGA